AUGGCGCAGGAAACCGGGGGGAUCAACCGGCUUCUACAAGACGUGCUUAAGAGACCAGGCAACGAAACGUGCGCGGACUGCGGCAAUCCAGGUACGCCCCGCCGGUCGGAGCCGAGUGCCAGGCUGUGAUGUAGCCCGGUGUCUACAGCUGCAGUUUCACAAUAAUGAGGUAGACAAAAGAUCCUUUUGAUUCUUCAUGACCCACCAGGUCUGGUUCUGAUUUGAGAUGGGGCCUAGCAGGACAUAUCUCCCUGAAAACACCCCUUUGGUUGAUAUAUAUUAAAAAAGACUAACAGACUGGAUUUAGUAGGCCUUUGUGCCCUAAACACAUUGUCAGCUUAUUGCUGAAAAGAGAGUGUGCUUCCUUUGUGUGUUAGCAGUGUGGUUUCAUUAUGGUGACUGUUAGCAGACUCCUGAAGCAUGGUUACCCAGCAUGGUCAGUUUGCUCUUAUCCUCUUCUUCUUCUUUUUAUAUUAUUAUUAUUAUUAUUAUUUUUUUUUUUUAUAAUUUCUUUUGCAGGAUUAUUCUCCUGUAAAGGGCUUCAUCCAUUUCUCCUUUUUCCUGCUCUCUUCUCUCCCCAUGCAUUCCCAUUUUAAUCCUCUUCAUCCCACUGCCCCUCCUUUCUUCUCUCUGAAAUGGCAAUAAACUAGUAAGUGGCUACAGAGGCUUCAGUACGGGAUGUACACCCAGUGAUUGGAGCCCAGUCUGCUUAGGAGGUCUAUUAAUUGGCCUCGGUUACGGCUCCUUUGAGAACUGAUUGUUGUGAGGUACAGUUUGGAGCCAGAGGAGAUCAUAUUUGAUAAGAUAGCUUUGUCUGAGCUGCAGACACUAAAAGAGAGAUGUGUUUUUGUUGAGAAAGAGGCAGGGAUACCUUUUAUAUACUGUCUACAUAUCUUUUCAUUAUGUGGCUGUGCAGAAGGGUAACUGCCUGGUACUUUUAAGUAUCUGGACUUUUUUUUGGCCUUAUUCUUAUGCCUUAUGAACAUUUGUUAUGUAUGUGUAUUUAAAGCUCAAGAGAGAUAGUUUAGAAUAGUUGCCUGCUGCAGAGCAGGGACCAGGGCAGGGGGCAGGGGAUUGGACAGGACAGGGAACGGGACAGGGCAGGGGGCUGCGUUUCAGUCUGGCACAUGCCAGAGUUUAGGGGCAAGCUCUUUGCCCAAUUUAAACAGAACUUGCCAGCCGAAAUCACAUCACAUUUGACUACAUGUAACCUUUACGCCCUUUUAUUGAUUAUCUUUAUUUUUUUCUGGUCUGCCAUCAGGAUUUUCUCUUCAGUUUUCUGACUCAUCGGUUCACCUGCAGGUUGUGCACUGGUAGCAUCCACAGUCUCAGUUUCAGGGCACUUCUCAUCAGCACUUAUCAUUGCCAGGUUACGUUAGUAGUCUUGUGUCUCGUGGUAUUAAAGCUUCCUUUGGUGGCAGUGUAGCGAUUUCAAAUUCAAAAUAAACGUAGAAAAUUAAUCAAAUUAAAUUAUGACAUUUAUGCACUCGUUGAAGGGGCACCACCCACCUUUCUGGUGGGAAAAGGACGAAACAAAGUUCAAUUGAGUAAUUAAACGUUAGAUCAGUCUUAAACAGAUUUAAAUCAGUCUCUCAUCUGAGGCCGGAAUUCUUCAUUCAGGGACUACUUUCUUAAAGACCACUAAGACGACAACUUAAAAUUAAAUGGACAAUUUAUUAACAAGCUAUAUGAUAACAAAACGUCAAUAAAUGAUGAUCAAAUAAUGAGAAAAUCAAAGCACAUCUAAUGAAUAAACGAAGGAAUGGUUUAAAUUAAACCUAAGACUGGAGGUUAAUGAUAGUGAGUGAAUAAGGGUAAAUUUAACCUACGUUAACGGAGUUACGAGGGUAAAUUAAAAAGGAAUUUGGAGAACUAAACUAUAACUUAUGAGAGUAAGCUACUGAACGGUUGACGGCAUCAUCCAGUUCUCAUCACAGCAGUUUCGAGGAUUUUGCCUACUUUGGACGUCGGUUCUCAGCGGCACUCUUGGAAUGGAUCAGCUGAAGUUCUGUGGCUACCGGACCGGAUACUGAAGGUUUGGCGGGGAGUUCUUCCGCCGUGUCUGGAUCUCAGCUUCAGGACCGUGUCAGCGCCGUUAGAUACUUCGGAUCUCUGGGCCUCUCGGAACCGGGUGGUAAAGCAGCUCGGCAGAUGAUGCUGGUCGGCGUUCAGGACUAGCUUGGUUGCAGAUUAAUUCACGCCAAUAACUUAAGAAAAUAAUUUAGCUGGCCAGUCGAUAUUAUCUUCAGGAGUCACUUUAGUGAACAAAAAUGGAUUAAAAAGACUUAGACUGAGGUUCUCUUAUGCGCGCAGCUUGUUACUGAGGCUUUAAUCGACUUGGGUAUGGUUUCAUCCCAAGUUUUAGAAGAAAAAUCUGAGCUUAAGGCACUUAAUAAAAACGCGGGGAAAAUUGCGAACUAUAGACGGAGACAAAGAAAACUACGAACAAGACUAAACAAAAGACUAGACUCAAACGAAGACAAAAGAAAACUAGAACUAAAACUGAAGAGAAAACAAAAACUGAAGAGCGAGCAAAGACUCCCGGGCUCUUUUUAAACAAUCCCGUGUGGGUGUGAACCAAGAGGAAAGUGACAGCCAAUGUUGUAGCCCGAUGCAGCACAUCGACUGGCAGCGAAUUAACUCAACUUGAUAUUAAAAGCGAGCUAGAUCUAAUUUACUCACUCACUAUGAUUAAACUGUUUGUAACAUCACAUACGAUCACAUUUCACUUCAUUGUUUCUUAUGAGCAGAUGCAUUAAAGCAUGACAUUGAAAACAGUAAACUUUGAUCAGCCGUCUUCUCGAUAAUAAGAGGAUUAACGACUUUUAAAAGUUAGAGAGGGACAGAAAACAAAUUAUCUGUUCGAACAUAAACACCAUCCAGCAUAAGAAACACAUACGUAAUAAUAUUUGACAACAUUAUAACCUUGUCAAUCAAGCUUCAUAGAUGAUUAAUAUAUAUAUUUGUGUGAGGUAGACAAACAUAGUAUGGAUACAUUCAGAAACUCUUAACUUGAGUCUAAACGAGUUUCACGUUACUACUUCUAAACUACUAGCCUAUCUUGGGAAUACCAUUUCCUAAGCUAUGAAGUGUAUAAAACAAAAGGGAAGAAAUACACAUGAUCAGAUUCCUGCCAUUUGGCUCUGAUCAAACCAUAUUCAGGCAUCACCACUAGGAGGAGCUCUUGAUCCAUGGAAAACCUGGAAUAAAUUUGUGAAGUUAACAGUUUGGCUUGUGGAUAUGUUACAAAAUUGGGAAAAAGACCAUUUCAUUAAGAAUGUGGUGUGCAGACAGAAAAUUCUGGUGAAGUGUCCAUUAAACAUGAAGUUAAACCAUUUUCAAGCAUCCUCUUCCUCCUGCUCCUUGAAAGAACGCCAUUGAGAGAAACAGUCACUCAAAGAACUUUAUGGCAGGUAUCUGGUUUUUCGGACCUGGCGCCAAAUGGUUUGUUUUCCGUUUUAGGUCAUUGGGUUAAUUCUGAAGUGUCAAUUCUGAUCUUUCCCAGCCAGGGUGAGAGACUCCGUGUUUAUGGGUCUGUGUGGUUGAUAAGCAACUUGUCCUUUUGGGAGGCGUUAAAGAUUCACUAUCACCUCCCAAAUGGUUUCCUGGGUCGUAAAUGGGAACUUGGUGUGUAAACCGUUACUCCCCCAUUGCCUGUCCAAACCAGGGGAGCCUGCAUUCCUUUGAGGGGUGGAUUCAAUGUGGAUAGCAGAAAGCAGUUGUCUCGCUACAGCAGCUAGGGCAGCAAUUGACCAAAGAAAUUCUUGGUCAACAAAAACUUGAAAUUUUUCGACCAAAAAUCGACUUACGGGUGUGGGGGGGUGUCCCCCGACUCUGCAUCGGCUCGAUAGGGCAUGGCUCGUUGGAGUGAAAAUAUACUGAUAUCAGCACAAGAAGGCAAUUAAACAUGAAAGUUGAAACGCUCAUUAUAAAAAUAAAUAUUCAGCAAACCACCGGACAAUGAUGAACGUGGACACUCUUCAAUCUUCCUGUCUCCAGCCAGUCUCCAGUGGGUUGGGCGAAUCCAAAAUGGUGAAAACAAGGGAGGUGUUAUGAGACAAGCUGUUACCUGUGAUAUAGGGGUGCUCUGAAAACACCCCCAUUAGCCUUUGGUAUAUUCCUCCUGAUAAAAUUAACCAUAGGCUGUAAAUUGAUUGAAACUCUCGCCUUCCAUGACGUCAUGGACGGCAAUAACUCCUCCCCUCCAGGUUGGUGACUCUGCCCAAGAUGUUUGUUCUGCCCCCCUAAAGAAAUUUCCACUCAGACACUAUUUUUCUCCCUCGCAAACGCUGGUUCAAAAUGGCUACUACUUAAUCUAUUUUUACCUUUUUCUUUGUCUGAAGUUUUAAAGGUCCAGUGGAUUCAUUUUGUUUUUGAUGGAAAUGUACCCACAACAACUCCUAAAAUGUUGUAUGUGUGUGCCUACCACUUCACUUCAGACUGCUUUCUCAACAAGUGCCAGUACAAAGCAGGAUUUCCUAAAACCUGAAGCUAACGCCUGGAUCGGUACCCACUGUCCACGACCCAACUAACAUGAGAACUGUAAGUUUUUCUAUUUUAUACAGUCACGAAGGAUUACAAUACUUACAAUGUUGCGCAUUCACCAAAAGAGCGCAAAGUAAAGAGAAGACAGUGGUGUAGCAUCAAGACAACCCUGUGUGUGAAACUCACACAUUCCUGAGAGGAGGUCAGAGAAGCAGGCCACUUACCUCCAGACCUCCGUUGUAAAACCCUGCCAACCAAAUACUGAUAAAACUGCAUUCCCGAGCAGAAAGAAUACAAAUGACUGAUCGUGACAUGUUAUGCAUUCAGCAAUGUACUAAUCAGUCUAAUAUUAAAUUUGUGUUAAAAUGAGAUGUGUCCCAUUUUUCUACGUGCUCCAGAGGCCAAGUUAUCACUCUGACAGAAUAAAUCCUUUAUUCUUUAGUUUCUUUAGACUAACAGCCUUUCAGACAGUUUCAUGAACUCUUAAGAGUUAAAUUUAUUAAGUGUAAAUCAUAAUUUUACUCUAAAUAACAAACAGUUUAGAAAUGUUUGGUUGAUAUUUUCAUCAUUUAUUUAGUAUUUAGUAUAUAUAUUAGGUGGUUAUAAUGUCAGUGAAUAAUCUGAAUGUGAGUAUACAGAACCCAUUUUUAAUCAUGAUAGGGUUCAUUCACAUGUAUUUACUCUUUUGUUGUUCACAGUUUCUAUGUGUCACUAGCUGUUUCAGUUCCGAGUAAUUUAGCAUGUUCAGUGUGAUACUUAAAACAUAAUCAGAGUGUUUGAUAUAAUUCUACAAUUCUUUAUAUGUGUUUAGUAUUAAAUCAUUUAUUGUGAACCAAGCAGUCAAUAACAUCAAUCAUCGCAAGCGAGUAUCAGAUCUGACUCUUUUGCUACCCAAAAGUAUAAAUUGGAUUAAAUAAUCAGGGAUCUUGAAGGUCUCCUCUCAAGGAGCUGCAGCAGGAGACAAGCGACUGCUCCUCUCUCUUCUCACACACACACCCCAGAGACACUCCCAGUUCGAAGAAGAUAAAACCAGUAAAGUUGGGGUUCUCACUUCUCCUUUUGUUUCCGCUUAGUUCCCUCUUGGCUUGUUUUUGCUUAGCUCUUACUCUUACUACUUAGUCUUACUUUUUCUACGUCCUCCUCUAAGUUUUACACCACAUGUUCAUUCACGUUGUUUGAUUUUUAAAAAUAUCAUCUUAGUUCAAGUUUUGAAACUUCAACUAUUUUUGUGCGAAUAGCAAUUCAAGAUUAAGCCUGUAACUUAUUUUUCUUUAAUUUCGCAAAGUCAAUUUUGAAAUAGUUUAGAUGGGCCAUCACGCUUCUUUUUCUUAGUUAUCUGACUUUGGUCCUCUUCUGGGCCAAACCUCUCAAACCACUGGCAGCCUGGACUUUUGGUGAACUUGCUCCAUCUUCUCCAAGGACCAGCCUCACAUAAGUAUGCAAACUUCCAGAGCUCCAAACAAGACUGAUGCUGUCUCAUGCAUUCAUGAUUCAAAUAAUCGCACAUUCAGGUUAUCCUAAAUUCAUCCAAAUCCGUGUCCAAAUUUAUCUCUAUACCAAAGUUAAUGUAUGUUAAUAUGUUAGAGCAUAUUCACUCACUAACUUUAGUAAUCCUAGCUUAACUUAGAAUCUUUUUUAUUCAUCUAUUAUUAUUUAUCUUCAUUAUCUAAUUAUCAUUAAUCGCAUGUAUCUUGUACCAUCAUAUAGCCUGUAAUAAACAGAUCAUUUAUUUCUAAGUUCUUGUCUGUUCAUGUUCUUUCAGAAGUGCAGUCCGUGAAGUGAGAAUUACGGCUUGAGAUGUGAGAUUGAUUAAUUUAAGGUUGACUAAAUGGUUGAUUUCUGAAUUACACUUUUUUUUUCUUAAUUUUUCCCACUGUCAAGGGUGGGUGGUGCCCCUUUCAAUGAGUGCAUAAAUGUCAUGAUUUAAUAUUAUUAUUUUGGGACAUUUAUUAUAAUUUCAAAUCGCUACAGCAGAGAUGUAACCAUUAGCAGGAGCUAAUGUUACCUAGCUACAUGUAAGUCACUGUGUACCAACACACGAACAAAGAAAAAAGAAAAAUAUCAAGACAUAUAAUAUUUUUAACUAGGGCUAGGCGAUAAAACGAUAACUAUAUACAUAUAUACAGUACAGGCCAAAAGUUUGGACACACCUUCUCAUUCAAUGUCUUUUCUUUAUUUUUUUAUGACUGUUUACAUUGUAGAUUAUUACUGAAGGCAUUAAAACUAUGAAUGAACACAUGUGGAAUUUUGUACUUAUAAAGAAAGUGUGAAAUAACCGAAAACAUGUUUUAUAUUCUAGUUUCUUUAAAAUAGCCACCCUUUGCUCUUGAUGACAGAAGUACCUUGUCAGGGUUACUUCAGGCACUCCUGUGAAGUAAAAACCAUUUCAGGUGACUACCUCAUGAAGCUCAUUGAGAGAACAGCUAAAGUUUGCAGCGCUAUCAAAAAAGCAAAGGGUGGCUACUUUGAGAAAUCUAAAAUAUAAAACAUGUUUUCAGUUAUUUCACACUUUUUUCUUAAGCACAUGAUUCCACGUGUUCAUUCAUAGUUUUGAGAAUCUACAAUUUAAAUAGUAAUGAAAACAGAGAAAACGCAUUGAAUGUACUGUACUGUACUGUAUAUAUAUAAAAUUAAUUGUCCUUAAUACUGAUAUAAAACAUGGUCAAUGUGCUUUUUGAUAGUUGGCAUUCUGCUAUGUUUUGGUAGACUAUACAAAAAGCCAAUGAUAAGGAGAGUUGCUCCGGGUCUGCUUCAUGCUAAACCAAUCAUGUGCUGAAUUAGAACCAAGUAGCAAACAACUGCGUAGUAGCAUACUGCAGCUACAUGUAACCAUAGCACUUUAACACAUGAAGCUGACAGCACUGUUGGUGAGAAAAUAAGGAAAUGAGUGCUACCCCUGGCAGAUGAAGGCUCAACAGAUGAUAACAUUGUCGACAACACUGGCACGAAAAUGUCGGUAUUGGUUUUUUGAGGUCAGACAUGAAGCAGAGUAAUGUGCACUGCAAAUUAUGUUGUACAUUUUCUCACAAAGUCGAGGAAUACCUCAAAUAAUUUUCAUCUCCUGAAGCAGUGCCAUGCGGCCAAGCAUGCGCAAUGCAAAAGAUUACAAACCCUGAACGGAGUAAGAAGGCCAUGGUGCCUGUGCAGCCAAAACAUUCAGUCCGCUUUCUCUCACGCAACGCCCUAUGACAAAAUGUCAAAGAGACACAAAGACCUCACAGAUGCAGUAGCCUAUUGUAUUGCAAGACAUGCUACCAAUAAGCACUGUUAAAUUUCAUUUAAGAGAAACAGAGAACAUUUAAGAUUGACAAGUGAUAUUUCUAUAUCGUGAUAUCAAUAUCGACUGACAUGUAAAAAAUGUAUUGUGAUAAACUUUUUCCCAUAUCACCCAGCCCUAUUUGUAACUAACCAUUCAGAAACGUCCUGCUGCAGCUGCAGAGUUGGAAUUUCUUUAGGAGCCUCUCCUUUUGGGUCAGACACUGGAUCAAACUGGUACAGUUGGACCACAGUGCUUCUACAAGCCACACCUAGCACUCUGUGUAAAUAUUAGCCAUAGUACCAUAGCGCAAGCCACGCCCCCCUCUUCCAGAGAGACAGGGAGGGGCGUGGUUUGUGCUGAAAGAGGCAUGGCCAGACACAGCACUCAGGCUGUGUCUCAUUUCAGAGACCGCACCGUCGAAUUGCGCAUUUGAAGCGUGCGUGAGGUCAUCACGCGGCGCGAACGGUGUCCCCUUUGGCACAAAAUUUAGAGAUUUAGAGAUUAAAGUUGUAAAUUUAGGAGAAUAAAGUCAUAAAGCUGCUUUUGUGGAGGGGGAAAUGACUGAAGCUGGUCAUCUGUAGGGUCAUCGGUGGAUGUAUCAGCGGGUCAUUCAGUUUUUGUGGUUUCUGAAGAAACAAUCCAACUGAUGAUCAACAUUUGAGAUCCAGAGGGAGUCGAGCUCCGACUAGCACCACGUCUAAACUAAAGCUCAAUGUCAUUCACGGAUAUUAACGGCUGCAUAAACGGAUAUAUCCUUAGCAUAUUCAUUUCUGCCUCCACAAAAGCAGCGAUUUCCUUCAAGUACACCUGUGUUUUUCCCCGUGGAAAAGAUGUAUUUCUCAUAUAUUCUUUUUUAAGUCCUUAUACUUAUGACAAUGUAAUGCUGAUGUGCCAAAGGAUGAAGUAUCUCCUUGUUUGUGAAACCUUUACUGAAGCACAGUUCCUUUAAAUGCUUCAUGGCCCUAAUCUUAACAACUCUCCUUUGAAAUAACAGGCUACGACUUUAUUCUCAUAAAUUAAUGACUUUAUUCUCGUAAAUUCACGACUCAAAGUAUUUAAAAAAAUUCUCAAUAUGGCACUCAUGCCCCUUCAUACAAAAUAAUCAUUGGAUUAAUUUUUUGGGAAUGAUCUGUGCUUGUAUGAAUCUAUUGUUUUGUGUCUGUGCAAGGUCGCACAAUUAAAAAAAUAAAUGCUGCGCUCUGUGGCUUUUCUUCAAGUCAGUCUUGACACAAGCCUGAGGGUGGAGACAUUUGGCGACUCAACCAGGAAGUCCUCCAAAGGGUAGUGUGUCCCAUUUCAGCGACCGCAUCAGGCUGAGAGCGCUUUAACGCACUGCCGUUAUGUGGACUGGAGUACCCUGGGUGAGAUGGUCUGUCAGGCUUGCGUCACGACUGACUUGAAGUAAAGGAGAGUUGUUAAAAUUAGGGCCAUGAAGCAUUUAAAGGAACUGUGCUUCAGUAUAGGUUUCACAAACAAGGAGAUACUUCAUCCUUUGGCACAUCAGCAUCACAUUGUCAUAAGUAUGAGGACUUUAAAAAGAAUAUAUGAGAAAUACGUCUUUUCCAUGGGGAAAAAAACAGGUGUAUUUGAAGGAAAUCGCUGCUUUUGUGGAGGCAGAAAUGAAUAUGCUGAGGAAAUAUACGUAUAUACAGCUGUAAAUAUCCGUGAAUGACAUUGAGCUUUAGAUUAUGAUAUGAAUCCAUAUUCAUAUCAUAAAGCGCACUUAAGUGCGCUUAUCCUGAUGCGGUCUCUGAAAUGAGACACAGUCACAGAAACAGCGUGUUCUCAGUAGAGCUCACUAGAGAGAGUUUUCAGGCUGGCUGAAGUCCAGGAAAAAAUGGGUUCUCAACAAACUUCAAAUUGACUGUUCUGGGCACUCUGAGACCUAUGUGAACCUGCUGAAAAGGAGUAUAACAUGGAAGCUUUAAGAUUGAUUGGCUGAGGAUUGAGAAGAGACAAUAACAAGCUAUUUAAGAUAUGGAAACAGCAUUUGAGAAUUUUCUUUUUCUUUUUCAAUAGACAACACAUCACUGCUCUUGUUGGUAUCAUCAGUCUUUUUUGGCAAAAGUGAACUCCUUUGAACUGAGGGAGCUGUGAGUUUAGAAAGUAAAGUCUCUCUCUUGAAAUUGUAGGGUUCAUUUUUGCCCUUAAAGAAAGGGUGACAUUAUUUCCAAAUGUCCAAUGAGGGACACUUUGAUUUUGACCAACCCACAAUGGGGAUGAAGGUAGCAACCCCCCCCCCCCCCCCCCCAUCAAGUGGAAAUUAACAGCAGAAUGUAAAUGUUUAUGAUAUCCAAAGACACUUUCCAAAUAAGAACAGGUCUAGACCACACUCAUUGUAUUAUGAAACUAAGACCCAACCUUAAGAUGGGACAGAUUUUACCCAUCUCAUCUAACCUGAGAACAUAACUUUGAAUUUUCAAGUGCAUUCAAGACCAUCCAACCCACCAUACUCAAAGAUAAGCUCACAGAGAUGGGAGUGGAUCCUGCCUGUGUUUCCUGGAUCACAGAUUACCUGACAGGAAGGCCACACUUUGUCAGGCUGGGGAACUGUGUUUCUGGGACAUUAAUGAGCAGUACAGGUGCUCCACAAGGGACAGUGCUAGCGCCAUUCCUGUUCACACCGUAUAUGUCAGACUUCAAAUACAGCACUGAGUCCUGCCACAUCCAGAAAUAUUCAGAUGACACCGCUAUUGUGGCAUGUAUCAGAAAUGGACAAGAAAUUGACUACAGAGAUCUGAUAAGAGCCUUCAGUGAAUGCAGUCACAAAAACUGCCUCCUCCUCAACACCUCAAAGACAAAGGAGAUGGUCAUAGACUUCUGUAGAUCCAAACCCCCUCUUCAGCCAGUGAACACCUGUGGAAUGGACAUCUAAGUGGUGACAUCAUAUAAAUACCUAGGUGUACAUCUGGAUAAUAAGUUGGACUGGUCUAAGAAUAUAGACUUCAUUUACAGAAAGGGAGUCUUUUGCCAGAGAGGACUCCGAUCAAUGGACAUCCGUAGUAAGAUGCUGCAGAUGUUUUAUCAGUCUGUGGUGGCAAGUGUUCUGUUCUACACUGCAGUCUUCUGGAGAGGAAGCAUCAAACAAAAGAUGCAAGACGUCUUAACAAACUGGUGAAAAAAGCUGGCUCUGUGGUUGGACUCAAGCUGGACUCAGUGGAGGAUGUAGUGGAGAGAUCUACACUGAGGAAGGUGGUGUCCAUUGUAAAGAACAUGGAUCACCCACUUCACAACACCUUGAUGGAACAAAGGGCCAAUGGUGGUGAACAGCUCCUCUCUCUUCGCUGCAGGACAGAACGAUUCAGAAGAUCUUUUGUACCAACAGCCAUUAGACUUUAUAACUCUUGUGUAAAUAGUAGAUAGCUUUUGGAGACAAAUUGUGUGAGACAACAGACAAUUGAAUUUCCCUUCGGGGAUAAAUAAAGUUAUUCUUAUUCUUAGAAAAUAAUAUGUCCCCCAAUCUUCUCCGGUGAACUAGGUUGUCUUCUAAAGAUUUCAAUGAGACACAUGAGUGAUCGUCAAGCCAAGCAAUGACAGGAUGUAGCUGGAAGGAUUGGUGGUAUACUUUGAAAUCUGGGAGGGCCAGCCCGCCCUGGUCUUUGGGUGGAUCGGAGAGAGUGUCUGUAAACAGCAAUUUUCAAGUCUAGCCGCAGAUGCUCAAUGGGAUUUAGGUCUGGACUUUGACUUGGGCAUUCUAACACAUGAAUAUUGUUUGAGCUAAACCAUUCCAUCAUAGCUCUGGGUCUAUUUAGGGUCAUUGUCUUGCUGUAAGGAUUGCUCUGUAUUUAGCUCCAUCCAUCCUCCCAUCAACUCUGAAGAAAAGCAUCCCCACAGCAUGAGGCUGCCACCACCAUGUUUCUCAGUGGAGAUGGUGUGUUCAGGGUGAUGAGCAGUGUUACUUUUCCGCCACAAAUAGUGCUUUGCAUUCAGGCCAAAAAAUUCAACUUUGGUCUAAUCUGACCCGAGCACCUUCUUCCACAUGUUUGCUUGGCUUGUGGCAAACUGCAAACGGGACUUUUUAUGUCUUUCUGUCAACAAGGCUUUCUUCUUGCCACCUUUCCAUUAAGGCCAGAUUUGUGGAGUACACGACUUACAGUUGUCCUGUGGACAGAUUCUCCCACCUGAGCUGUAGAUUUCUGCAGCUCCUCCAGAGUGACUAUGGGCCUCUUUGCUGCUUCUCUUACCAGUGAUUUCCUUGCUCGGUCUGUCAGUUUAGGUGGACAGCCAUGUCUUGAUAGGUUAACAGUUGUGGCAUACUUCUUCUAUUUUAUGAUGAUGGAUUGAACAGUACUCCUUGAGAUGUUCAAAGCUUUAGAUAUUUUUUUAUAACCUGAUUCUGCUUUAAAUUUCUCCACAACUUUUUCCCUGACCUGUCUGGUGAGUUCCUUGGUCUUCAUGAUGCUCUUUGUUGACUAGUGUCCUCCAACAAAGCACUGAGGCCUUCACAGAACAGUUGUAUUUAUGCUGAUACUAAAUUACACACAAGUGAACUCUAUUAAAUAAUUAGGUGACUUCUGAAGGCAAUUGAUUGCGCUGCAUUUUAGUUAGGGGUAUCAGAGUACAGGGGGCUGAAUACAAAUGCACACCAUGCUUUUUAGACUUGUAUUUGUUUACAUUUUUGAAAACCAUGUAUCAUUUUUGUUACACUUCAUAACUAUGUGCUACUUUAUGUGCUAAUCUCAAUAAAAUACUUUUAAUUUCAUGGUUGUAGUGACAAAAUGUAAAAAAGGGGUAUGAAUAAUUUUUCAAGGCACUGUAUAUGUAGGGACAUCGUCCACAAAGGUGGACAGAGUAUGAGAUGUCUGUCUGAUUCGGAAAAGGGACAUGACCAAAUUUUGCCAAAGGUGCUGCGUAAACAGUUUGAGGGAGAGAACAAACAGGCUUGGGGAGAGGCAGCCGCCCUAUCUCAUACCACUGAAAAUAGGAAAGGGUCUGGAUGUUUGUGUUGACCAUAGCCAAGGGGUUUGCAUACAGAAUUUGUACCAUCUUAAUAAAAGCUUCACCUAGUUAAAAUUUUUGCAGUACAGCCCACAAAUGCUGCCACUCAACCCUGUCAAAAGCUUUGGCCGCAUCAAGUUACAAAUUAGCACAUGGCACCUGAAGCUGUUUAGAUUCUUCUAUUAUAUGCAUUAAACGCCUAAUGUUAUCUGCAGCAAGAUGGCCCUUCAUGAACCAAGCUUGGUCAGCGUGAAUUAGUUUUAGUGCCAGCAACUUGGAGUAAAUGUUCAGAUCCGAGUUUAUCAGAGACACGGCUCUAUAGUUAGAGCAUUGCAGUUUGUCCUUGCCCUUCUUUGGAAACAAUGAGAUUAAAGCUACAUUGGUGUGUUCAUGAAAGGCACCUUUUUUUAAAGCAGUCUGGAUGGAGCUCAGAAGAACCGGUCCGAGGAGGUCCCAGAAAUGCAGGAGCACUUCAGGCGUAAUCCCAUCAGGGCCUGGAGAUUUCCCUCUUAACAAAGUUAUCGGACAGCCCAGGUCAGCUGCCUCUCCAACCCUUCCAAAAAAUUAUCACACACUUCUGGGUAAAAGCUGUCAGACGAUGUGUAUAAAUCCAUUUAGUAUCCCUGAAAGGGGUUGUUUAUCUCUGCUCGAUUCGAAACCAGGCCUGUAGUAGGGUGGUGUAUUGAAUCGAUGGACGCUUUUGAUUCACACUGUUUUAAUUUUAGGGCCAGAAGCCUGCUGGGCUCACUUCCGUUGCAAUAGUAAUUUUGCCUAGUUCUAUUAAUUCUGCUUAUUUGCGUAAUAAAUCAUUCAGCUCUUGUCUAACGACCUGCAACUCGUCACUAACUGUGUCAGAAUAGUUCUGCUCAAGAGCCCUCCCUAGGCAUGAGCAUUUCUCCUCUAACUCCUUAAUCUUAAGAUUCCUAACCUUUUUCACAUGUGAAGCGUACGACGUAGUAAAAUCAAGGCUAAAACCCUUUGUUGCCAUCCACACAAACCUAGCAUCAUCAACAGAGCCUAUAUUGUCUUGGAGGAAUCUGGACAGUUUAGUUCUAAAUUCAUAGACAAAUGCAGUGUCAUUUAAAAGAGAGGUGUUGAACCCCCCCACUGACACUGCACACUGACACUGUUCUCUGUGGGAGUUUAGAUCCUCAGCUAAAAAUUAUGAUAAAAAUCAUUUGAAACCAUAACAUUUUGAUUAAACUAGCCACAAAGUCAGAACUUAACCUAAAACAAUGACUAAAAAGAAACAAAAAAGGUUUUGAACUCUGGGCUCAUUGUAUUGUUGUCUCCUACAAAUCAACAACACAAGGUACAACACGAUACAAUAUCCAAACCUAUAAAUAAACAGUUUCAAUGCUGAAACAUGUCUGCCCAUGUUCUAAGCCCAGGGACUGCCACUGUGUUAGAGUCCUUAACCUUUGUAUUAAACUGCAGAAACCUUGCGCAGAAUCAAACUCAUGUUAAAGAGCCAUCUGUUGAGACCACAUUGGGCUUGGAAAGAAGGACAGAGAGAAAUGCAGAAAAAGAGAGUGACAAAAAGAUUUACAACAACAUCAACAACAAUGACAGCGAGAGCAGCUUAUACAGACUCCUGGUUAGAGUGCCAUCAGUAACAGUAGAAUUAUGUUGUUUUUUUACCAGCAAAUUAUUGCUAAUAGACUGGCUUUGAUUGAUGGCACGUCUAGCACCAACAUUUUCAAAAAUCAUAGACAAUAAGUCAGUAUUGGAUGAAAUAAUUUUCUUAGCCAGCUUGAAGAUCAUUGAUGUAAUAUUUUCACAAAAUUUUAGUAAGAAGUUGAUCCACGUCAUGCUAGAUAUAUAUUUUUUCUUUUAUGAGGUUUCAUGUUAUUGACUGAUGCCAAAAAUGGUAUACCUGACAGAUUCAUAUUUUGGUCUAUAAUUGCAAUAACUCACAGUUUUAGUUACCCAGAGUCAAAGGAGAGAUGGAUCCAAAAGUCCAAAUGUUUGUUUUUUAUGCAAGUAUCAAUUGUAAUAUUUGUCAUAUUUUGCGCUCUGAAAAUGAUCCAGUUUGUGUUUCUGCCUGACAAGCUUUUAUUUGAACAUCAAGAUUAUUUCUACACUGAGGGCUCUAUUUUCGUGCCUCGCCGGAGACGUAAGUAAGUCAGGUCCGCCACGCCGACAAGGCGUUCCCAAGCACAAUUUGGUAUUUUGGUGAGCAGCGCAGCCCGGCGUAAGUAUCCCCCCUCCCUAACUCAGCUCCUCCCAGCGGCAUAAGUUGUAGUGAGGGAGGAGAUAGGGCGUGGAGUGGGUUUAACACAGCCGAGACCUGUUUUCACCAAUCACAUCAGCUCCUCUCCUUGCCUUUAAAUCCGCCACAGGCGAGGCAUAUUACCAUUUUCGGGAAGUAGUCAAAGAGACCAAGAGACGUCUGAAGACAGUUCUGCCACACAAUGGCGACAGAAGGCAGCUCCUCAACAAGUGUCACUGUAAGCGCAGCAUUGGGCGUCCCCCACACUCUCUUAUAUGAGCACAGAUGGAUUUGGUGUGUGUAAUGUUGGACCCACUGGUAAGACAAACACCCUUUUCCACAAAUAAAGACACUCACAUGAAGUUGCACCGCACGUGACAAAGGUGGGUUGUGCGCACAGAUCACAACAUUAACUCCAAAAAUGGCAUUAAAAUUGGAACCAUCUGUGCGUAAAUGACACAUCGCGCUCCGUGGCCUGGCUCUUUCUUUCAUAGAUGUUGGCAUAUGAAAAUAAAUUUGCCUCACAAAACUGAAUAUUAUUAUAUCCAUAUGUCGGCUUAAAGUAGAUAACUCAUCUGAGCACUGAAACAAAUCAUCUGUUCAGCUGCUGCUGCAGCAGGAUGGAGAGAGGACACGGAGACGUGUCCAGGUCGAGCUGUGCGAGAAAUAAGAGGAAGAGGAAGAAAGAAGAGGGAGACGAAUUACAUAUCUAGCUAACUUCAUCAUGUGUGUCUAUUUACUAGAUAUUUAAUUUAAUUUAAUGCGGUUUCAGCUGUGUUGAUUCGGUCAGGUUGUGUGUCCAAACGCAUGCCAAACGCGCUCAUCAGAUCAGAUAUAGAUCAGAAUAUAUCGAUAUAGAUCUAAAUGUAUGUGCUAACUCAGAUUAUUAGUUGUUGAUGAUUAUUUAUUGCACUGAAAUUUGCCUGACACUGUGGAAACCUGGCGGUGAGGCAUCAGUGACGUAUGCCGAUACGCUGCCGGUCUACCAAAAUACUACUAGACCAGCUGCGCUCCGCCUGCGCUGAAAGCUGACCAGGUUUGAAUCGGCAAGCUUUCAGCGCACUUUACACGCCGGUGGUGAGCACGAAAAUGUCACUGCGCCCGCUGAUUCUGUCGACACCUCCCGCUGCCACGCCACCACGCCCAGCUUGGCAGAUCUCGGUUCGCCUCCGUGCGCCUCAGUCCACGAAAAUACCAAACUGGCUGUACGCCGGGCUCCGCCAGACAAAAAUACAACUGCACGGGACUCGCCACCCUCCGCCGCCUCACGGGCGUACACGAAAAUAGAGCCCUGAGUGUAAGAUCAAUCUACACUUUCACUUUUACCUCUUCAUAGUUGACACUUACUUCUCAUUAGUCUUUCACUGUCCCUGGCACACUCCAACCUCAUUAGCAUGAACAGACUCAGAGUCAGAGUUAAUGUGUGAUUCUGUGACUCAUUGUAUCUUUGCUUAACACCCAUAGAUGCUGCAUCACACUGAGAGAAAAGCCUCUCUUUUCCAUUUUAUUACUACCUGUGUAGUGAGAACUGCUUAUUUCUCUAGCAUUGAAGUUUGUAUAUUUUGUUUAGUCACAUUUUUUUAUGCUAGCAGCAGGCAGCAUGCAGACUGUUUAAGGUUAAAGUGUGUGUGACUUUUCACUUCUCCUGUUACUUUUCUCCACUUUUGUUUGUGGGUUUUCACCUCAAGUCUAUAUGCAUGCAGGUGUAUGUAUUGGGGCUGGUGUUGUAGCCUGGUAGCUUUCCUUUACAGAAGACACAUUUAGCCAGAUUUUAAUUAUGACAUUUGCUCUAUUGCACCUAUUCCCUUUUUUCAGCAUGACCAUUAACACUCUCAGAAUACACAGCCUGAACCUGCAGCUGUAGUUACUUUUCCUCUCUCCACCAGCAUUUCACCUAUUAUGACGAUUCGCCUUGCCAAGUUUUUAUUUUCCUCUCUCCACUCUUUCUUCUUUAAGCUUACCCCAACACUGUGAUUUUUUUCAGCUCUGAUUCUUUUUUGUCUCUUUCCUCCUGCAGAGCCAGACUGGGCAUCGCUGACAUUAGGUGUGUUUAUUUGCCAGGCCUGCUCGCUCCUUCACCGGAGUAUUCCCCACAUCAGCCGAGUCAAGUCUAUUCAGGAAACAUGGGAUGCCAGUGAUAUUGAGGUAGGUUGAUGACAGCAAGCAUCUAUAGAAGGAUAUACUGUACAUACAACUCCUUAUAUUCAGUCAAUGAACUAAUCUUUGUACAAUGCCAAUUCACAACUGUCGUCUGGUCAUGUCCCCUGUGUCCCCCCUAAAAAAUACGUCCGUGGUCUGAAGACACUUAACAAAAAGCUGGAUUAAACCUCUAUUAGAACUCUAUUUGCAAAGACCCAAUGUAAAUAUGUGAGCAGACUGAGCUUUGUUCUGAAAAAUCAGACCCACUCCCAUCCCACCUUCAACCAAGGAGUGAAACACUGUACAGCAUUUAUCAAGAUACAUUGGAGAGGAAAAAUUUCCUUUAACAGGCAGAAACCUUGAGCAGAACCCAACUCAUGUUAGACAGUCAUCUGCUGAGACUGAGCUGGGUUUAGAGUGGGGAGAGAGGGAGAUGGAGAACGAGAGAGAUGAAGAAAAAGAGAGAUGGGCAGAGGAGAGACUGCUGCACAUAGACAAAGAGAGGAUGGAGAAGACAGGAAAGGUGUUCAAUAUACCAGAACCCUGGCGGUUUAAACCUAUAGCUGAAAAACUCAGAGCUGUCCGGACCUGAACCAGGUCUAACUAUAAGCUUUAUUGAAGAAUGUCUUCAGUAUACUCUUAAAUGUAGAGAAAGUGUCUACCCCCCACACCAUGACUGGUAAAUGAUUUCAGAGGAGGGGGACCUGAUAACUGAAGACUCUCCCACCCAGACCACUUUUAGAGGAUUUGGGUACAAGGAGCAGACCUGCAUAUUGGGACCUUUGUGUUUUAGAAGGGUAAAUGAUGUGGUCUCUUCUCCUGGUUCUGGUCAGUACUCGGGUUGCCGCAUGUUGGACUAGCUGAAGAGUCACCAAAGACUUGUUAGGGGGUCUGAUUAAAGGGAAUUACAGUAUACCAACCAAGAGGUAAAAAAUGCAUAGACCUGUUUUUCUGGGUAACUCUGAGACAGGAUGUGUCUGUUUUUUAAUAUUACUCAGGUGAGAAAAGGCAGUUGUGGAGAUUUAUUGAAUAUGGGAGUUAGAGAACUUGGGCUUUUACCAGUGGUGCGUGAUGCCAGACUGAUGCUAUCCACUGCAGUUACAUCAUUAGAAAAUGUCUCUCUUAGGGGUUUGGGGCCCAGAACAAGAUGGGGCCCAGGUGUUUAUGUCUUUAAGACGGGCUUCAAGUGAAGGUAAUCUGUCAUUUUCUCCUGGUUUCAGUAACAGGUACAAGUGAGUGUCAAUAACUAACCUUGGUAUGCUCUGAAGAAUUUUCAUCAACUUGUACAAACUGGUAACAAUCUGACAAAUCUGAUUUAAACUAAGCUAAGGCAAUUCCUGUAAAACCUAUUUGUAGUUCAAGCCUCUGUAACAGGUUCUGAUGGUCAAUCGUGUCAAAGCAGCACUAAAAUCCAACCAAACAGAAGACCAGUGUGCACGGCCAUUAGGAGAUCAUUGGUCCCCUUGGUAGUGCAGUUUCAGAGCUAUGGUGGACUCUAAAUCCUGACUGAAAAUCCUCAAAUAAAUCUUGCUGCUGAGAAAGUCACAUAGCCGAUUAGCUAUGACUUUCUCAGGUAACUUUUAAAGGAGGGGAGGUUUUGAUACCCUUGUUUCAGAGCGGAAGUACCGUUGUUGUGUGUUGUCGCCCGUUGAUCAGCAGCUUGCUCUGUGUUAAAGUUUAGCAACUUGUGGAGGUAAAAAUUGUAAAUAUGAGUUUACAUUUGCGACUAAUCAAAAUCUUUUUUUUUUUGACUUAGUGUUGAUCAGUGCUCUGUAGCUAACCAGCUAGCUAUGUCUAGCAUCAUCUGUUCUGCUGUUAUGGGAUGCCAUAACAACUGGAUCGAGAGGAGAGAGCAGUUGAAAUAGCGUUGUUGUAAGUGUAAAGUGGAGAGACAGGACUGUUGUGGAGUGGCAUGCAACCUGCAUCCACCCUCUAAAGGCGAGGAGCACUUGAGGCUGUGGCUAAAGGCACUGAACCUGAAGCAAUCCCCCAAGGGUUCGUAUGUCUGCUCCUUCCAUUUCAUGGAUAGUAAGCCAACAGACGAGCACCCUUAUCCCAAGAAAUAGCUCGGCCAUGAUUCUCCGGAGAAGAAGUCAUGCCAGGUGUUAAAGAGUUUGUAUGAUUCAGGUAAGCAAGCAUAUUAUUGACGUUGCCUUUGUUGUUAGCAAAAAGUUACACGUAUAAAAUUCUGUGCUCUGAAUAUAUUAAACAAUCUGUAAUGAUCAAUUAACUGAUUGCAAUGAAUUUGUAAGAUUAUCAUUGCAGUUACCCACAUUUUUUUUUUUUACAUUUACAGUGUUAUAUUAGCUCAUAUUCUCUAGCUAUAGUUUUUAACCUCUACAAUACAACACCAUUACCCCAAUACAACCAUAUUACAUUACAAUACAAUACCAUUCAGGGGACUACAAGCCAGCUUCGACACAAACAGCCAAAUUCAGAGCACUAAUCAUGUAGAAAUAUAGCCAUGUUGCACAUUAAACUAAACAGGAAUAACUCAGCUACAUGCCUAGACCUUGAAGUUGCAGAGAUGUAAUAUUUUCUUUAUUGACAUAUAAUUUUCAGGCAGAUGGCUUAAAAAGAGGCGGGGGCUUAAGAGGUUGUAAUGCGUGCCUUGCAUGAUUUUAAGGGUUGCCUGGCAUUGUAAUAAUUCUCAUGAUGACUGACCCUCAAAAACAUUCAACAUUGACUUGUGCAAACACUUGGUUGAAGUUUUUAGGCUCAGUGUGAAAAUAUGUUUAUGGUUAUGCUUUUUCAACAGAUACAUCAGUGUGUGUCAGCAAUGCAGCACAGAACAACACAGAACAGUGAAGACGAGUGUGAAGACGAGGAUGACCAUAAGCUAGUACCUACACACUGUAACAAAGAAACCCAGUGGUAGUACUAAUCCAAAGUACCACUUCACCUGAAGCCCUGUCCAUAUGAUGUAGGGACACAGUACAGUGAGCCAUGUGCACUGUACAAAACUUAACUGGGGAAUGACAUCCUUUGUCAGCUUUACACAGGAUUGUCUUUGGAUGCAUUUAACUCUGUUGCUGAGCACCUCAUCAAAGUCUACAAUGACAGUUUUCAUAUAAACCCAUGGGAUCAGCUUUUGAUGACCCUGAUGAAGCUGCGUCUGAACUUAUUACAGAGUGACCUUGCUGAAAGGUUUGGUGUCUCUCAAACCAUUGUAAGCAAGAUUAUUACAAGCUGGAUUGACCUCAUGGAGGAGAACAUGCGGUGUUAUAUACCAUGGCUUCCCAGGGAGACAAUACAAGCAACAAUGCCUCAGUCCUUUUAAAUUCAUAACUGCAAUCAUAACAACUUCAAUCAUAAACAUUUACAUUCUGCUGUUAAUUUUCACUUUUGACUUUUGAAUUGAUUAAUGAUAUAUAUUCAGACAGAAGCCACAGGAAAUGUAAAAAACUGCUGUAUUAAUUGUUCAUUAAUAUGACAGUUUAUUACCCACUUGUAAACAUGAAAAUGUAUUACCUGUUUGUAAAUAUGACCAGAUGUUACCUAUCUUUUUUAUAAACAUAACACUUAGACAUGGAUUAACUUUUACACUUUGAGAAAUAAACUUUGAUUUUAAAGGAAUUUAUAUGGAUAAUAAAACUUGUUUUUAAAAAGGCAAAAGCUUGUAAGGAUUUUAUCUUUAUUUAUUUUAAUAAUGUGCUUUGAAAAGUUAGAAAUUAACUUCUUUUGGGUUUCCAAUUGUAUUAAUUUUUUUAAUUGCAUAAUUAAAUGGAUUAUGCAGUAAUGGAUUAGGCAGUAAUUCAAAAUAUACAAAAUAUUAACUUAAGAAGCAACAAUAACAUUUAACAAUUAGGCAUUUCCUCAAUAUGGAAGUAAAAUGGAACUAAUUAUUAACCUAACUUCAAUAAUACAUUUGAACAUUCAAAACCAAUGUCUGUACCAGUCCUACCUAAACUGCAUUUUCCAGGUAAUUCUUUGCAAAGCUGUGUGUAUGUUGAGGACAGCAAAAGAAGGCCUGCCUGAAACUCAUCUGACACUUGAGGGAGCAUGUGCUUAAAAUAAAAUGAUUUAAGUCUAACUACAGCUGUGUUGCUGAAUUGCUCAUUGUAGGGGACCAGUAGCAAAAAUUGCUGUGAGGGAGACCAGAUAAACAGCUUACAGGCUCUUACCAAGCUGUACUUGCGUGUAAAAACCCAGAGGACCAUUUGGCUGCAGCUGAGUUAAUCCCUCCACCAUCUUUACAUCAUACCUCUGACUCCUAACCAAGACCUCCACAGACUUGUCACUCUUGAGGAGGGGGCAUUUUAUAUCCAGCAGCUCCUCUGAGUUUACAACUCCAUCAGGGCUUGCUGACAGCCAGGGUGCAUUUGCACAUACGACUCUGCCUCUGUGGCUGACUGCAAACCCACGAGUUUCUAAUCCAGGGGUGGGCAAUUAAUUUUUACAUGGGGCCACAUGAGAAACCUUAACUGUGUUGGAGGGCUGAAUUAACAAUUACUUCAACCUUUUUCUACUCAAUAUUCAUUAUCACCCAUUGUAAAAAGCAGUAAUUUAAACCCACAGACAUGAUCUAUGUAAACGUCUCAUUACUUGCUGGAGCGUAAUCCAGCGUUGCUUACAUAUUGGAUGGGCCUCUUCCCUUCAGGCUCGCACAAGAUCAUAUUUGUGCACUCUACAAAAAUCGACUCAGUACUGAAACCAGAUCAUGUAGAUUUACAUUUCACAAGUAAGAUUGAGAAAUAAUUUAGGGUAUUUUUAAUGUGACAGUGUCCUGUAUUAUAGCUACACCUCUGCUGUUUGUAACAAACCAAACCAUGUAAAAAUCAGGCAGAAAUUCAGAGAGUUAUGAUUAAUAUGGUUCCUACCUACCAUUCCUAGCUACCUUAAAAGGGUGUGUGUGUGUGUGUGUGUGUGUGUGUGGGGGGGGGGGGGGGGGGAUCCCACGGUGCAUCGCCCAUGUGCACUGCUAUGCUGAAACAUACUGAGUCCCAGGUAGCACCACAAUUAAUAAUAUGUAAGGGAAACCCUGUACAUUUCUUAUAACAUUAUGCAUUCACAACGGCAACAUUAUGAUAAACACAGUUAACAUAAAAACUUUGAAUAACUUAUAUUUUUAAACUUUGACUAACAGAAAAGGGUUUGGGUUGACAUUUUUAUUUUAAAUAUUUUCUCCACUUACUGCCAAUCAUUUUAUUCUCUCUCCUCACUCAUUUCUCUGUCACUCACGUGUGAGUGUGUCAGGGGGUGUGCCAAGUAUUCGAGCGGGCACGAUUCAGGAAACAGUGGUCUGGAAAAGACAAACUACCUUCUGCACUUGCGUUUUGCUUUGCUUUUCUGGAGAGCUUUGAGAUAAUCAAGGGGGGCUCACACAGACAGAAAAGAAAGACCAAAUAAGCAACUACGAGUUAAAAACAAGCUCAAAAAAGCACACCCACAACUCACAAGUUUUACAAGCGACAUCUGAGAAAAACAAGCCCAAAGUCGUUUAUAAUAAGCGGACUUUGCAACUAUGAGGCUUCUACAUGUUUAAACUAGUUUCUGUUCAUGAAUGCAAGUCUAGCGCCUGGUUCACACAGGAAGCGCCGCGCGUGGAACGGAAGCGCCGCGCACAGAGUUUCGGAUCGGUGCCCGUGUUAACCUAUGAGACUGUUCACACAGCUCGCGCACGGAAGCGCCGCGCGCGGAACGGCUCGCGCUCUGGAGUGCGGCCGCUCCGCUUCUCUCUAUUUUUGCCGCGAGCCGCGCGCGCCAAUUGUAAAGCUGGACAGAGCAGAUCGGACCAGACAAGAAGUCAGAACAGCAGAUGCAAGAGAAUCCGGUCAAUUUUCAAAAUAAAAUAAAUUUCAAUAAAUUAGAAAAAAGGAUUUAUGGUGUUGUUUGUCGGUCUAUUUUUUACCGAUGAACACACACACACACACACGGAGGGAGAGCUGCAGAGAUUCAGUGAUGUUAUUGAGACAAAGGAGGGGGACUUUAUUACGAUACAGUCAAUAGCCUCGAGCUAACAAGGCUAUACAUACAACGGAGUCAACAGACUCCCCAAUUUAUUCGUUGUUUACCCCUAUAUAAUAAUUUAAAACAAUACUUGAAGAUUCUGCCAAUAUUUAAUUUAUGUAUGACGAAAUAAAAACGUAAAUAAAAAUUGAUUUACCCAUUUUUAAAGCACUCGUAAGUGUGGAAAACUGAGGGCAGACGGAAACGGCCGAGCACUGCUGGGCUCAGUCGACGUCUGACCGGUGUGUCAGAGCGGCACAAAUGCAACACACUUGAUGAUUGACGGACCUCACAAAGGGCCAGGCAGGGCCGGAUGUCUUAUCUUAAAUUUUCUUGUUUUUUAACAGAAGCAUAGGAAAUAACUCAUCCACAUAAAGUAACUUUUGUAGCUUCCCAAAUAAUACAGGGGUCUGUUAAGGGAUAUUGUUAUCCUUUACAUUUUUUUUUUUUAUCCCUAUUCGCAUUUUCAUUAUGAAUUCCUUAUCCUUAAGUAAAUUAGCGUCAAAUUUCCAGGGCUUAAUGUGACAAUUUGUCCCUUUUCCUGUUCUAAUCACUGGCAGGCAGAUUUUUCAUUCUGUAAACCAUGGUGAGUUGCAGCAUUACCAUGGAACUGCGGGAAAAGGUGCUCUCUAAAAAAGUUUUGAGGGUUGCCUCUGAUAGGGAUCUUAUUUGCUGUGCUAUUUGUGUGAUCUUAGAGGCUCCCACAAAAUUGAAGCUGCAUGCCUGCAAGACCUCCCUAAACCAGCAAUUCAGGAGCAGCCUGUAGUCUCUGCGGCUCCCUGGUUGCUUAGCAACCAGUUACCGGCAGCUGACUGGCUGGGACUCAUGGCUGCUUUCAAAAAGAUGUAUUAUCUGGUGCUUUGUGACAGCACACUACCCACUUUUUCACUAUGUAAGUACUGGUAUGCCUCAGUACAUUUAUAGAUUCUCAUCGCUGCCCCAUCAACCCCCAAUGACAGUGUAACGACCUAACCUUUCUUAAGUCAGCAUAAAUUACACAACAGGGAACUUAAACGGAAAAAAGAAAACCUCUAAGGUCAGAGAAUAAAGCAUAAUGAAAAUAAACACCAAGUCCUAUCUAAUGAUAACCAAUAAAGCUAUCAAGGUACCGUUAUAAAGUAUAAAUGUUUCCAAAUUUAAUUGCACAAAAUCAACCAAUUGCGCACCCCGCCCGUAAAGCCAAAUCAAAUGUCGGUCACAACUGAAAUAAUGAUGAAAUCACAGUCUAUAUAAAUUUGUAUGAAACCAGAAGUCCAAAACUAACAGAAAAUGAAAUCUCAUCCUUUUCAAAGCACUUUAAGUGUCCUUUUAAUCCUUUUUGAGUCCUGCUAGAAAUUCAAAUUGUCCUUAAUCCAGAAAAUAAACCAAGGAGAAAUCCACAGGGUACAAAAUACACCCCCAAAAAACAAAAGUAUGUGAUCGCUCACUAAACUGGUAUACCAGAAAAAGUAACUCCCCCCCCAAAAAUUCAAAUGAUUCAAUAUUCAAAUGACGCACUUGAACCGAGAGGUUGCUGCAAGUCUGGUCUCUCUGUAUUAUCUGUAAUUUUUGCUAGAUUUUUUUCAUAUUUUUGUUGUCAUUUUGUUGGCUGCUGAUGGAUACUUCUGCUGGGCGAAGAGUUUACUCAAGAGAAGAGCUCCUUUCACCAUGGAAAAGCAAAUCUGUACAACAACAUACAAUUCCAGAGGACAUAAGAAGGUGUUAUCGUAGUUGCUGUGCUGGUGCAAAGGUGAAGGCAAAGCUGAAUGCUAGGAGGUGGCGAUAUAAACCCUUUCUCCCAUCAAUCAUCAUGGAAAACGUCAACUCUCUGCCCAACAAAAGCGAUGAGCCGGAGAUAUUGGUGACGACUGAGAAAGCAUACCGUGAGUGCAGUUUCCUGUGUUUUACUGAAACCUGGUUGAAUCAAAACAACUCUGACUCCAGUGUGGAUCUACCUGGCUCUUAUAAGGUCAGACAGGGAUGCUCAAGCCAGUGGCAAGAAGAAUGGAAGAGGUCUGGCUUUAUUUUUCAACCAGGGAUGGCUUAACCCUUCACACAUAAUUGUCAAGGAGAAGUUGGGUUGUCUUGAUAUUGAACUGUUGGCAGUUUCUCUUCAGCCAUAUUAUGCUCCAAGAGAAUUUAGUCAUAUCAUAACAACAGUUGUUUACAUUCCACCCAAAUCAACUGGAGAAUGUUGCAAUGUUUUGCAAAAUAGUGUUGCCAGGCUACAGACUCAACAUCCUGAAGCACUAAUAAUAAUAUCGGGCUUCAACCAUGUCACCCUCUCCUCUCACCUGACUGGAUUCACACAGUUUGUGAACUGUCCUCCCAGAGAAAAAACAAGACCCUGGAUCUGCUGUAUGCCAACAUCAAAGAAGCCUACAGAGCCAAUGCCUUACCACCACUGGGCAAGUCAGAUCAUGACUUGGUCUAUCUGAAAAUCUGUUACAGACCUUGUGUACUGAGGCAGCCUGUGACCAAAGUCAAAAUAACAAGAUGGACACCUCAAGCCAGUGAAGCUCUAAGGGACUGUUUUAAAUCAACAGACUGGAAUGUGCUGCUGGAAACAGAUGUGGCUAGUAUGAACAUAGACAAACAGGUUAACUGCUUUACUGAUUAUGUCAAAUUCUGUAGAGACACAGUUGUACCCACAAAGACUGUUCGCUGUUUCCCCAACAACAAACCCUGGAUCACAAGAGACAUAAAAGCAAUCCUUAACUAGAAAAAGAAAGCAUUUAAAGAUGGUGAAAAAGAAUGACUAAAACAAGUGUAACAAGAGUUGAAGAGAAGACUGAAGACAGCAAAGCUGGAGUACAAAAAGAAGAUAGAGAAUAAUCCACAACACAGCAACAUCCGUGAAGUGUGGAGAGGAAUCAGCACCAUCUCUGGACACAGCAGUCAAAAGAAAAGACAGCCAGUGGUGGGUGAUGUGAAAAGAGCUGAUGAACUCAACCUGUUCUUCAACAGAUUUGACACUGCUGUCACACCCACUUCCACUGCUACUCCACCUUCCUCUCCGCAACAAAUCUCCACUACAACUUCUCCCAUUCCUCCUCCAUCUCGUUCAGAUGUCUCAACCACUUUAACUGCCUCCCUCCUAGAACACCAGUCCUUGUCUGUCACCGAAACAGGGUUGAGGAAGGAGCUUCGAAGACUUUGUCCUUGGAAGGCAGCUGGUCCAGAUGGUGUGUGUCCAAGGCUGCUUAGAGACUGUGCUGCAGAACUGUGUCAACCUCUCCACAAGAUCUUCAACCUGAGUCUACAGCUGCGGUGGGUACCUGCUCUGUGGAAAACAUCCUGCAUUGUGCCAGUACCAAAAACAAAAUGUCCUGCUGAACUCAAUGACUACAGACCAGUGGCCCUCACUUCACACAUCAUGAAAACCCUGGAGCGGCUGAUUCUACGCCUUCUGAGGUCUGAGGUCAAAGACAAACUUGAUUUCCUGCAGUUUGCAUAAAAAGAACACAUUGGAGUGGAUGAUGCUGUCCUCUACAUGCUUCACCGUGCCCUGUCUCAUCUGGAGGAACCUGGGGGUCAUGUGAGGAUCAUGUUCUUUGACUUUUCAAGUGCAUUCAACACCAUCCAACCCACCAUGCUCAAAGACAAGCCAACUGAGAUGGGAGUGGAUCUUUCCUGUGUUUCCUGAGUCACAGAUUACCUGACAGGAAGGCCACAGUUUGUCAGGCUGGGGAACUGUGUUUCUGGGACAUUAAUGAGCAGUACAGGGGCUCCACAAGGGACAGUGCUGGCGCCAUUCCUGUUCACACUGUACAUGUUAGACUUAAAUAUACAGUACUGAGUCCUGCCACAUCCAGAAAUACUCAGAUAAUACCGCUAUUGUGGCAUAUAUCAGAAAUGGACAAGAAGCUGAAUACAGAGAUCUGAUAAGAGCCUUCAGUGACUGGAGUCACAAAAACUGCCUCCUCCUCAACACCUCAAAGACAAAGGAGAUGGUUCAUAGACUUCCGUAGAUCCAAACCCCUAGCCUGGCUGGGCCAUCCUGUUGCGUGAAUCACUUGCCGUUCCUUCACACAACAGUCUGGACUUCGGCCCAUUGGGAGUGUGUAUUAGCGAUCAGAAAAUAACCUGGCCAAUCAGUGACUGUGUUUCCACUGUUCCCUGGACAACAGGGAAAGGCAGCCCCUGAUUGGUCCAUGUGUAGAUGGUGACGUCUAACACAUGCUGCGGGACUUUUCAAAGACCCGUUCAUUCAGAACGCCGUUAAUUCUGCAGUUGACUUUGCAAAGUCGGCAGAAAUCGUUUAGAUCCGCAGAAGAUGUCGGAUAUAUAUGAUUUCUGCCGACUAUGAGAUGAACUUUUUUUGUUCAGGGGAUAAUUUAAAUGAGAUAGCAAAAAUUACAAAAAAUGAGAUGGUUAAAAUUAAAAAGUGGUUUAAUAGAAACAAGUUAUCGUUAAAUGUAAAAAAAAAAAAACGAAGUUUAUAAUCGAAAAAAAGAAUGAAAUCCAACUUACUAUAGAUGAUAUAAACAUUGAGAGAAUUUUGGAAUUUAAGUUUUUGGGUAUUAUAUUAGAUGACAAAUUUACAUGGAAAAACCAUAUAUCACAUGUAAAAGCCAAAGUGGCCAAGAGCCUUUUUAUUUUGAACAAAGUAAAAUAUGAUGUGGAUACAAGCACUUUCUGAAUAUUGUAUUGUACACUGGUCUUACCGUAUUUUACUUGUUGUUUGGAAGUGUGGGGCAAUACGUACAAGACGAAUAUUACUCCCCUGAUUAAGUAAAAAAAAAGAGCAGUUGUAGUUGAAUAUAAGACUUGUCUUCUGUCUGCUCCUUUUCAUUUCACAUGAUUACGCGUGAAAAAAAAGGAUGAGUGCAAUGUAUUGUAUUAUGUAUUAUGAAUGAAAUGAAAUAAAUAAACAUGAAACAUGAAAUGAAAUAUUUUGUGAAAGUUGUGGUAAAACUGUUGGUAGAAAGUGAGUGUGAAGAGAAACUUACCUGACUCAGACGAGUGUUUCCCCGGACUUUUCUAAACUAUUCUGGUGCAUUAGCUGCACCGUUAGCUUAAAUUGCAGUAUCAUUCUGGUUUAGUACACACAGGAAAAAGCCAGUCAGAAUAGUAAAUAGCUGUUUAAUGGUACUGAGACAUGUUUUUUUUUUCUUUUUUGUGAUGCUGUGGUGAUAUGUUGUUAUUGUGUGUUGCCAUGACAGACGGUUAGCAAUUUCCCAAGCUACUAGCUCCUUGUAGUUAAUUUAAUAAAGCUGUAUUGUUAGAUGUGCACUGGAAAAAAAGUAAACAGACAGAAAAGUAAACAGACAGUCAUUUAAGCUGAUGAAUAAUUGUUUUUCCUUUUUUUUUUUUUUUUUUUUUUGAGGGUCGAGUUCUGUUCAACUGUGAUAUCAAUAAUAAAAAGGACAAUUGAACCCAUUUAAAGAGGAAAAAGGCAUUUUUAUUUUAUUUUAUCUUUAUUAUUUUCUAUACGGGUACUUACCUGACUCAACAAAUUUCAUUUCAUGUGAGUAAGGCUGAAUAUUUUAUGUUUGAACAUUUAAAUAUAUACAUUUAUACUGCAUUCUGUGUUGUGUGUUAUGUCGGUUGGAGAUCGCUUGCUCUCAUGCUUCAGUGCUACUGCCAGUCUCCUUUUCCAAACCUAGUUGAUCAGACAGAACCCGAGAAGACUAAGAAAAAUGUUACAUAUACAGGAAUAAUAUUGGUAAAUUAUUAAACUGUUGGAGGUUUAUGACUGAUAAUGUUGACUGUUUUAGACACCAGAGUGGAGGUAAAAACUAUUUCCUGAAGGUUUGAUCAGUUAUGUCUCUGCCUGGAUGUGUGGUGGACUGAGAUUAGGAGGUUUUGUAUUUUUUUAGUUCGGUUUAUAGAGUUAAUACCAAUGUUUACAUCAGAUCGCUGCUCUAUGUGUGCGCAUGCAUGAGUCUAACAUUGUGAACGAUCCUCGGUGUGUCAGCCUCUCUUCCAGUAGUGAAUGACUGUCACCAGUUGUUCGAAGCAGGAUGCUUGUCUUGCUUGUUUGGUCCUUUGAGUGGCUGGGGCAAAAUAGUAGGCUACUUUCGUUGACACUUGCCACGCUGCGCACGCAGCUCCUUGAUGGUGAAGGCUGUAAAAUGGUCUAUAUCCAACUGCUUGGGACUCUGCUAAAUCUCCUUCUGUACUAAUAGCUGCCUCCUGUCCUGUGAAACGUUGGACUGUACUCGGGAUGACAGAACUCCUAGGAGUUGAAGAGGAGAGGAGCUGAUGUGAUGGGUGAAAACAGCACUUGCGUGUGUACCAAGAAGUUGACUUUCAAGUAUACUUUAAGUGUACUUUUAUAAACUAAAAUUGGGCCAAUUUAGUUUUAAGAAGUUUCCUUGUAAGUACACCAAUAGUAUAUUUAUAUUAGCAUACAAAGUAUACUUUGUAUUGUAUACAAAGUAUACCAUGAAGUAUACUAAAAUGAACUUAAGUAUACUUCAUAAUAUGUGCUUGAGGUAUACUUAUUUUUGGUGCAGGCCGGUUCAUUACUGCGAAAUAAACAAACCAAGAAAACACAGAAUAACAGGACACUUGUCAUUGCAGUCAAUGCUUUGUCAACUCUGUCUCUCAUGUGCAGAUGGAACUCAGAGUGGCUCUCAUUUAUCAAGCUUGCGCAGAUCUGAGCGCAGGAUUCAUCCUAUGAUAGGACACACGUGAGAUUUAUGAAAGGGUUCGUAUCUGUCCAUUCCCAGUGUACAUAUGAUCGGGUCUUGAUAAAUGCGGCGGCUGAAAUUGUUCGUCAUUAACAUGUUUACGCCCUUAAAUAUUCGUGGUCCAGAAGCCUCGCCCACUGAGGUCAAACAUGAAAGAGGAGAAAUAUUAGAAAGAUGCGAAACUUUUCCGAGCUGAAAGUGGAUAUCCUCGCAUCUGUGGUGGAAACUAACAAGGAUUUGCUCUUUGAAAGCAUCAAAACUGGUCUAAAAGCAGUCCAGAAAACUCCUGUCUGGAGCAGGAUUGUGGUGGCGCUGAACAGCACUGCUGCCGAAUAGUGGACAUUGGCUGAAGUUUGAAUAAAUCAUUAGUCAAUAAGUUGCUCAUGAUGAUGAAUUAAUAUCUCAUACAUGCCUCAUAUUUUUUAUUGCCAUGACAUAGGGUACGUUGCACCUAUCAUUGAAAGUAUUUAGUUUUAAUCUGUUGCUUCUUUGUAAUGUAGAGCAGACUGGAGAGUCUGACAGAGGCUAAACAAAAAUAAUUAUUAACGUCACCAAAUGGUGUGUUGCUGUCCCUGAGGCACAUUUUUAUGGAUUUCUAUUGGAUUUUUAUCACUGAUUAAAUAGCAAGAGCACUUUCUAAACUUAUAUUUUAUAUGUCAGAAUCCCUCUAUAAGGUCCUGUCUCCUCUGUACAGCACCUUUGUGGAGUCUCUCCUCGUUAUUAUUCUCCAGGCAUCGGAUCCUCACGUUGCACCGGCACAGCCAACGGCACUCCAUUCACCAGUGCAACAUUGUGCAAAACUGUACUGGUCCAAAUGAUGUCCCACACCCUUCCAGGAGUGUACAACAAUGUCCCCGCUGCUGGGCCAAGAUAGAGACACCUGCCUUCUAGGAGUCAAACGCAGUGCUCCACAGUGGCGUGUGUGCGUGAGGGCGCAAUGUUAAAACGGCGCUCCUGCUCUGUGGCAGUGUUUCUGGGCAGAGUUAUCAAAUAGGCCUAUUCACUAAGGAUAAAACUAAUUUAUUUUAUUUUAUUUACGUCUUAUUCUUUAAUGAAAUCUGUCUGAUUGUGCUUAAUGACAGGUUUGAGGUUUGUUUAUCAAUUAUUUUGAGACAGACAUUUGCUGCACCGCAGGUCCACACUGACUCAAACUUGCAUACACCAUGUCAGACCUGUCGUGAGAUUUGGUCGUGCGUACGCUUACGUGCAGAUUGAUAAAUGCCGAUCCUCACGUCAAAAUUUUCGUACGCAAGGUGUAAACAAGUUUUCUUGCCGUACGCAAGCUUUAAAUGAGGGCCAGUGAGUGCAGAUUACUCGCUAUCAUCAGUCUUGGAUGCUUUUCAUAUAAAAAUGUGUUAAUGUGCAGGUACGAGAGACCUACAGGUCAGAAACACUGCUUUUACUAUCAGCCUCGUCAUCAUAUUUUUCUACUUAAAUAUUACCUUGUAUACAGUGUAGUUUACAAUUUAUUCCACAAAAAUGAUCUUUGACAAUGGAAAAGCAAUAUCUGAAGACAACGUUAUGCCUGUAAAUACAAAGAGAUAAUUUUAUCCUGUUUUUUGUGGAUCCGCCAAUCACAGCUUUUAAGAGAAUUUGUCAUACCUAGGAACAAGGUCAUAGACCUCCACAAUAAGAUAAAAGUUUCAGACCUGUGUUUUCUCAGCAUUCGUCUGACAUAAUUUCUAAAAUACUCCAAGGCUAGGACUCCCUGAAAAAGACACAUUUUUCGACCUUACAGUAGCCUGCAGUUCUCAGAAAAGUAAAUUGGUUUGAACUCUGGUAUGUUACCUCUCAUAAAAGCAUAGCUUUUUACAGCAGAAAAAGUUAUUUUCUCAUAAAAUCGUAAGAAGGCUGAAAGCCAUGAAUUGAUAUACCCAGUUAGUGUUGCCUCUUUUCUCUUCCAGUUAAUGGCUGCUCUAGGUAACACUGCUGCCAAAGCCAAAUAUGAACAGAAGGUUCCUGCGUUUUACUACAGACCAACACACACAGACUGCAAGUAAGUAUAUAAACAGUACCCUCAAAUAUACAGGUAGGCCCAGAAAUAUUUGGACAGUGACACAAUCUUCAUGAUUCUGGCUCUGCAUGCCACCACAUUGGAUUUGAAAUGAAACAACUACAACGGAAUUGAAGUGCAGACUUUAAGGUUUAAUUCAAGGGGUUGGACAAAAAGUAUAUGAUUAAACAUGUAGGAAUUGAAGCUAUUUUUAUACAAACACUCCUCAUUUCAGGGGCUCAAAACUAAUUGGACAAAUAAACAUAACCCUAAGUAAAAAUGUUACUUUUCAAUAUUUUAUUCAGAAUCCUUUGCAGGCAAUGACUUCCUGAAGUCUGGAACCAAAUGCUGGGUUUCCUCCUUUGUGAUACUUUGCCAGGCCUUUACUGCAGCUGUCUUCAGUUGCAGCUUGUUUUUGGGUCUUUCUGACAUGGGGCUCUAUUUUCGUGCCUCGACGGAGACGCGCGGCGUAAGUCAGGUCUGCCGCGCCGACAAGGCGUUCCCAAGCACAAUUUGGUAUUUUGGUGAGUGGCGCAGCCCGGCGUAAGUAUCCCCCCUCCCUAACUCAGCUCCUCCCAGCGGCGUAAGUCGUAGCGAGGGAGGAGAGAGGGCGUGGAGUGGAUUUAACACAGCCGAGACCUGUAUUGACCAAUAAAAUCAGCUCCUCUCCUCGCCUUUAAAUCCACCACCAGUGCGGCGUAUUACUAUUUUCAUGAAGUAGUCAAAGAGAUCAAGAGAUGUCUGAAGACAGUAAUGCCACACGAUGGCGACAGAAGGCAGCUUCUCAACAAGUGUUGCUGCAGAGGGCAUCCUCCACACUCUCAUUUGAGCACAGAUGGAUUUGGUGUGUGUAAUGUUAAAGCCACUAGUAAGACAAACAUCCCUUUCCACAAAUAAAGACUCUCACAUAAAGUUGGAUAUAUUCAAACCUCAUGUGACAAAGGUGGGUUAUGCGCACAGAUCACAACAUAAAUUCCAAAAAUGGCAUUAAAAUCGGAACCACCUGUGUGUAAUGACACAUCACGCUCCAUGGCCUGGCUCUUUCUUUCAUAGAUGUUGGCAUAUAAAAUAAAUUUGGCUCACAAAACUGAAUAUUAUAAUAUUCGUAUGUAGGCUUAAAGUAAAUAACUCAUCUGAUCACUAAAACAAAUCAUCUGUUCAGCCACUGCAGCAGCAGGACGGGGAGAGGACACGGAGACAUGUGUAGGUCAAGCUGCGCGAGAAAUAAGAGGAAGAGGAUGAAAGAAAAGGAGGGAGACGAAUUACAUAUCUUGUUAACUUCAUCAUGUGUGUCUAUUUACUAGAUAUUUAAUUUAAUUUAAUGCGGCUUCAGCUUGUGUGUCCAAACGCAUGCCAAACGCGCUCAUCAGAUCAGAUAUAGAUCAGAAUAUAUCUAUAUAGAUCUAAAUGUAUGUGCUGACUUAGAUUAUUUGUUGUUGUUAAUUAUUUAUUGCACUGAAAUGUGCCUGACACUUUGGAAACCUGCCGGUAAGGCAUCAGUGAUGUAUGCCGAUACGCCGCCGGUCUACCAAAAUACCACUAGACCAGCUGCGCUCCGCCUGCGCUGAAAGCUGACCAGGUUUGAAUCGGCGAGUUUUCAGCACACUUUAUACGACGGUGGCGAGCACGAAAAUUUCACUGCGCCCGCUGAUUAUGUCGACACCUCCCACUGCCACGGACCUCCGUGCGCCUCAGUCCACGAAAAAUAACAAACUGUCUGUACUCCGGGCUCCGCCAGACGAAAAUACAACUGGGAGGGUUCCGCUACCCUCCGCCGCCUCACCGGCGUACAAGAAAAUAGAGCCCUUAAGUUUUGUCUUGAACAAGUGAAAUGUAUGCUUGAUUGGGUUGAGAUCUGUUGAUUGACUUGGUCAUUGCAGAAUAUUUCACUUCUUUGCUUUAAAAAACUCCUGGGUUGCCUUUGCAGUAUGUUUUGGAUCAUUGUCCAUCUGUACUGUAAAGCGCCGUCCAAUCAACUUUGCUGCAUUUGGCUGACUCUGAGCAGAAAGUACAUCCCUAUACACUUCAGAAUUCAUCUGGUUGCUUCUGUCUUUUGUCACAUCAUCAAUAAACACAAGUUACCCUGUGCCUUUGGAAGCCAUGCAUGCCCAUGCCAUUACACUGCCUCCGCCAUGUUUUACAGAAGAUGUGAUGUGCUUUGGAUCAUGAGCUGUUCCAAUUAUUCUCCAAACUUUCUUCUCCCCAUCAUCUGGUACAGGUUGAUCUUAGUCUCAUCUGUCUAAAGAAUGCUGUUCCAGAACUAGGCUGGCUUCUUCAGGUGUUUUUUGGCAAAGUCAAUUCUGGCCUUUCUAUUUUUGAGGCUGAUUAAUGGUUUGCACCUUGUGGUGAAUCCUUUGUUUUUACUCUCAUGAAGUCUUCUUUUUUUGGUAGACUUAGAUACUGAUACACCUACUCCCUGGUGUUUUUCACAUGAGUGGAUGUUGUGAAGGGGUUUUUCUUCACAAUGGAAAGGAUUCUGCGAUUAUCCACCACUGUUGUCUUCAGUGGACGUCCAGGCCUUUUUGAGUUCCCAAGCUCACCAGUGCACUCUUUGUUUCUCAGAAUGUACCAAACUGUUGAUUUUCAUUUUUGCUAUCUCUCUGAUGGAUUUUUUCUUUUUUUUUCAGCCUCAGGAUGGUCUGUUUCACCUUCAUUGAGAGCUCCUUUGCCAAAGUGUUGUGUAUUCACAGCAACAGCUUCCAAAUGCAAACACCACACCUAGAAUCAACUCCAGACCUUUUAACUACUUAAUUGAUGACAGGUUAACGAGGGAAGAGCCCAUGCAGCCUUGUUAAUUUUUUAAUUUUUUAAUUUUUUUACAGCCUUCUGAGUCAAUUUUCCAAUUACUGUUAGACCCUUGAAAAUGAGGCAGCUACAUAUUAAAGAGCUGUAAUUCCUAAACCCUUGCUCCAAUUUGGAUGUGAAUACUCUCAAAUUACAGCUGAGAGUCUGCACUUUAAGUCCAUAUUGCUUAUGUAACUUCACCCUGAAUAUGUUUUCAUGAACAGGGACUGUCCAAAUAUUUCUGGGCCUAACUAUGUGUGUUCAACUAGUACAUUAUGUGUGUGGAUGAGGUAGGUUUACAUGGCAUAACUAAUAUGAAAGUAAGCUGUGUGUUUUUUGUCUGCCAUCAGGCUGCUGAGAGAACAGUGGAUCCGAGCCAAGUACGAGAGGAAUGAGUUUGAGUUUAUUGAGAAACAGGAGCCUUACUCUGCAGGUAUGUCCCUGCUAAAAUGUUGUUCCACCAGUCCUAUGAUGUUCCUUAUCACUGAUAAAUUUUUGUGUUCUAAGAUUCAUUCCUUGUCUUUGAAAUGAAAAAAUGUUAUAUACAUUUAUUUUCAGAUGAUUACCUACAUUAGUUUCGCUUGGUGAACACAAAACUGGUUGCUUCAAUGACUGCUGUGUUUAUCCCUGCAGUUACACUUGGAACAGCCUUGUAGAAGUCAGAUAACACUGGACUAUUUCAUGGCUAGAAUAUAACAAGACGCUCCAGUAUAAACUAAAAAGCUACUAAUCCAAAGAUAUUUCAACAUAAAAAGAUUAAUAUCUGUGAUUGAAACAAAGAUGACAGAAAUUUCAGAGCAGCUAAACCAUGCCUAAGGUUGGCUGGCCUCUGUAGAAGAUGCUAAUCCAUUUGCCACCAUAGAGGAUGUUGCUUAGAGCUCAGAAACAGACUGGAUGACUUUUAACCUGGGCGUGGAAGUGGGGGGAAAAGUGGACCUGGCUACUGAGGGCCGAAGUAGGGAGAGGAGCCAAUUAAAAUCCUUUUUUUUUUUCUCACGCACAUUGUGCACUGGCAUGAAUAGAAGCCCACUGACAUUGAGAGUGUACAGGGCUCAGAAUUUGGUGCUAUGCCCCUGACUAUGAAAAUAGGGAGAGAGGUUUCUCUGAGGAGUGUAAUAGACAGUGCUCAGGCUUUUCUGUGUGUCUGAUAUGAAGCUAUGGAAAAUCAUUUUUACCAAGGGGCAGAUUAUAGCUUGUAGUGCGUUGUGGAAGCUGCAUGUUAAGGCAAGAUCAGCUGGAAAAGGUAUAAUGUGAUGUUGUUCCUCAAGUACUAAAGUUUUCCUGAUGCCAACUUCAGAUUUUGUGACCACAGAGCAAAGAAUCAUGCUGUAGCUAGACCUACAAGCAUGACCUGAUUGAACACGAUCAACAAGAGAGGAUGUAGAAAGUAAAAGGGAUGGUUGGACAACACAGCAGCUUGUCACCAGGCUGCUACAGUGCAUCGAAUGUCUCUUGGCCAUGUUUUUCUAUCUGUCAGUUGGAUACAAUCGUCCUUUAACGACAAAUGAUUAAAGAAAGAUUAGAUGGUUUUCACUCAGACAAGAGCUAGCCGAUAAUUUAAAUAAUUUUUACCUCAGGUUUGACAUGGAUGAUCUUGAAGGCAGAGCAGAUCAGACAAGGUUUGACUUUGCCUCUACCACACUGCCUGAUUCUAAUCUUGAUUUUGAUGUUGAAGAUGUGAGGAUUUUACUUAGUAAAACCAGAACUAACAAAAGUCCAGGUGCUGGUAACAUCUCAGGUCACCUCCUUAGACACUGUUCAGAUCAACUGUCUUUUAUUUUCCACCACAUAUUCAAUAGCUCCUUAGAGCAGCAGACGGCCCCUGAACUGUGGAAAAAGUUGACAUCUGCGCCUGUGGCUAAACUCAAAUCCCUAAAGUCCAUCAGCGACUACAGACCUAGAGCCCUGACCUCAUUUGUUAUGAAGGCAUUUGAAAAGAUAAUCAAAAGAGAGUUGGUGGAGGCUGUGGAGGACAUCUUAGACCUCCAACAAUUUGCAUCUAGGAGUAAAAAAGGGGUAGGUGAUGCGGUCUGAACCCUACUUAACUUUUUAAACACCUUGAAGGCCCGGCCACCCAUGCACACUUACUGUUCUUAGAUUUUACUUCUGCGUUUAACACAAUUCAGCCACAAAAUUUAGCCUCUUAAUUAUUAUCAAACUUUAGGCUGUGUCCUAGUAUUCCUGGAUGGGUUUUAGAUUUUUUAACAAACAGAUCACAAUGUGUCAGAGUGAACAGUACUCCACUGGUUCUCCUCAGGGCUGUGUCCUCUCACCCAUCCUAUAUAUCCUGUACACUGAUGACUGCAGAAGCUCACACACAUCCAGAUGGACAUGUACUUAAGUUUGCUGAUGACACGGUUAUAGUGGGUCUGUUGCAGGGGGGGGGGGGGGGGGGGGGCACAGCCCCGGGAUCAGUGGUGGUGUGAUGAUUCCUUACUAAACUGAAAUGUGACAAAAACUAAAGACGUGUAUAGAUCUUAAAAGAAGUUCUAACCCUCCACUCCCAACAGUAAUUAAGGGGGACACUGUGGAGUGCGUCAUAACCUUUAAGUACCUUGGUGUCGUCAUUGACAAUAAGCUGUCUUUAAUGAAAACAUAGACAUUGUUUAAAAAAAUUGUAGCAGCGACUACAUUUCCUCUGGAUGCUCAACCAGUUUGGGUUGUGCAGCAAAUUAAUGACAAUUUUCUAUCAUUCUAUGGUUGAAUUGGUCCUGACUUUUGCCAUCAUCUCUUGGUUUGGCAGUCUCAAACUUAGUGAUAAAAAGAGGCCGGAACACAUCGUCAAAGUAGCCAGUAAAAUCAUCGGGGUCACACUACUCAAUCUGUCCGUAAUUUUUUACAGGAGGAUAAUCUGUAGAGCUCAGGACAUUAUUCAGCAUCCUGAUCAUCCUCUCCAUGCCAAGUUUGAGCUCCUCUGCUCUAGCAGGACAUUCAGAUUGCCAAAAGCCAAAUCAAAUCAACUGAAAAACUCAUUCAUAACACAAGCCAUUACCCAAAUUAAUUGAAAUUCUAAACAAUUUUGACACUUAUUCAUUUAUUUAUUCAUUUAUUUAUAUCCUUGAUAGUAUGGAACAGCUGUGGAUGUGAUCUAUAUGGUUUUUUUGUUUGUUUUUUUGUUUUUUUUUGUUUGUUUUUUUGCCUUUCUGCAACAUGAAUUUCCCUUUGGGGACAAUAAAUUUGAAAGUUGAAGUUGAUGUCUGUUCCAUCAGUAAGUCCUUAACCAUGGAUGUGGAGGCUAAUGCUGAAAGCUGUGUCUGUCUGGUUGUGUUUCUAUAAAGCAAAAUACAGCGAUAACUGUUGGUAGCUAACAGAUCUCUGGGUUUAGUUCGAUAUUUUGUCAAGUGCUGCCUUUAAAUUUCUUACCAGUGCUUAUCCAAUCACAGGACGCCUACAUGUCCAGUUCAGCCUAAAGGUCCUUACACACCAGGACCGACGCAAAUAUACGACGCCAAAUUGCGAAAUAUUCGGAGGCGAAUUUUGACGCGCCUGACUAUACACAUCAACCCGAUGCAAUUUUGCAACUUUCCGGGGGGAAAAAAAGACAUGUCCCGGGUGGAAGAAGAAGACUGACAUAACACCAGACUGACUGCUUUUCAGUUAUGAUUAGACACUAGUGUCGAGAUGGCUGUCUGUCAUGAUAGCAUGUACUGAGUAGGGGCCAGUACCAGAUAAGUACAUUAAACUAUAAUCCAUAAACGUAAGGUAACAACCAAGACCUAACAGUGCUGUAACAGCAACGCGAUUGAGUUUGAGAAAAUACAUAUGAAAUGUUAUAUCUUAACAGGUUAGCUUACAAGCUAAUGUUGCUUAACACAUUUAAAAGUUAAAACAAAGACGUUUCGCAAACUGUUAAAGCACACAAGCUAUCGUCAUUUGAGAGAGCCGACGGUAUAACUCUCCACAAGUUGUCCUUUAGGUCGUUAUCUUUGUAAUGUUUGUGUCUUUUAUCAAAAAGCACUCUGUCGGCCGGUCGGCCAUGUUGGAUAUACCAGUGAAUCAGACGUUGCAACAACACGCAAUCUGAUUGGUAAUAAGAGGACACAAAGUAACUAGAAAAAUUGCAUUUCCUUGCAGAAAAUGCGUGGAAAUGCUGAGUGCUGAAAGCUGAAAAAGCAAUGCAAAACUGCCAAUAAAAAUGGAGGAAGGUAUGAGCUGAUAAACUGUUGAAAAGGUGGAGUAGAAGAACAAAUUGUAUGAAUAGAAAAAUUGUAGUAUAGCUGAAGGUAAAUUAGUUGGAUUAAUGUACAAAUUGUCUGAUAGCCUAAGUGAAAAAUGUAUAUGAUUGAUGUGAAUAAACAGAACUGAUAUGGAUAAUUGAAUUUGAAAAACAAAUGCCUUUAAACGAUGUGUAACAAUGUUCCUAUUAAAUGUACAAAUAGUAAAUCAGAUUUUUGCAGUCUGCAGCAUCCAACCAUAGUAACUUGAGAAUGCAGAACAGCACCAUCUAUUGCCCUGCUUCAGUUACUGCCCUACAUCUGAAUGUAGAAAGUAUGAAACAGCUGAAGUUCAAUUAAUUGUAUAAAUGUAGAAAGUAUAGAAAAGAAAAGCAGAAGUAGAAGAAAAAGAAGAAGUUAGUAUGUUAAAAGAGUUAAAGACAAUAACUGUAAAAACAAAGUUAAUAUUGGGGGUGUAUUUUCUACUGAGAGAGAGACAGUAAUGCACACAUGGAAACAGUGUGUGUGUGUGUGUGUGUGUGUGUGUGUGUGUGUGUGUGUGUGUCGCGCGCGUGCAUGUGCGUGUGUGUGCCCGCGCGCACGAGCGGCCGAGCCCGGGCGUGUGCGAUCGAAGCACACAGCCCAUGACAAGUGCAGAAUCUCCGGCUCUGAAGGAAUGUACUCACCUCUUGGGCAAACUGUACAAUUUGAUGACUUCAGACCUAUUUUGUGAGAAGCAGGCCGAGUGUACCUCCAUUUUGAUGUGUUUUUUAUCGCUGUGGAGUGAAAAUUGCGGCCGUGGCAGCAAAAUAAUCAUGCUUGGUCUAGUGAAUCCAAAAGGCUCCGCCCGCAUCUAGUGAUGACGUCACACGCUGUAGCGUGAGUCAGGCUGAAAAAGGCAGAAAACUUCAUGUUGCUCCAAGCGAAAUUGUGCAAAAACGGUAGGAAAUAGCAAAAAGGAGUGAAUACAACAUUUGUAGCAGACACGUUGCUGAACAUUUUAAAGCAACAAUGAGGUCUGUAGGUGAAAGUAUGCAGAAGUUAUAAGGGUGAGAAGGUGUUAUAGCUGUAUCUCCAUUCAUUUGUAAUGGAACAAAUUUUGCAGAAAAAGUGAAAUAUUGCAAAAAGUAUAAAUGGUAGAAAGGUGAAAAGUAAUAGCAAUAAUGUCCUGAAGGAGUGCAUUAGUAUAAAGUUUGAAUGGUUAAAAUAGCACAAAGUGGUAAGGAGUUGAAAAGGGCCAAAAAAGGUACGGAAGAAUAAUAAUAAUAAAAAAAAUAAUAAUAAUAACUAGAAAAAUUGCAUUUCCUUGCAGAAAAUGCGUGGAAAUGCUGAGUGCUGAAAGCUGAAAAAGCAAUGCAAAACUGCCAAUAAAAAAUGGAGGAAGGUAUAAACGGAAAAACUGUAGAAAAGGUGGAGUAGAAGAAGAAGAAAUUGUAUGAAUGGAAGAAUUGUAGUAUAGCUGGAGGUAAAUUAGUUGGAUUAAUGUACAAAUUGUCUGAUAGCCUAAGUGAAAAAUGUAUAUGAUUGAUGUGAAUAAACAGAACUGAUAUGGAUAAUUGAAUUUGAAAAACAAAUGCCUUUAAACAAUGUGUAACAAUGUUCCUAUUAAAUGUACAAAUAGUAAAACAGAUUUUUGCAGUCUGCAGCAUCCAACCAUAGUAACUUGAGAAUGCAGAACAGCACCAUCUAUUGCCCUGCUUCAGUUACUGCCCUACAUCUGAAUGUAGAAAGUAUGAAACAGCUGAAGUUAAAUUAAUUGUAUAAAUGUAGAAAGUAUAGAAAAGAAAAGCAGAAGUAGAAGAAAAAGAAGAAGUUAGUAUGUUAAAAGAGUUAAAGACAAUAACUGUAAAAACAAAGUUAAUAUUGGGGCUGUAUUUUCUACUGACAGAGAGACAGUAAUGCACACAUGGAAACAGUGUGUGUGUGUGCCCGCGCGCGCGGCCGAGCCCGUGCGUGUGCAUGUGCAUGUGCGUGUGUGAUCGAAGCACACAGCCCAUGACAAGUGCAGAAUCUGACAGAGAGACAGUAAGAGAGAAAGAGAGACAGUAAUGCACUCAUGGAAACUGUGUGUGUGUGUGUAUGUGUGUGUGCCCGCGCGCGCACGAGCGGCCAAGUCCGUGCGUGUGCGAUCGAAGCACACAGCCCAUGACAAGUGCAGAAUCUCCGGCUCUGAAGGAAUGUACUCACCUCCUGGGCAAGCUGUACAAUUUGAUGACUUCAGACCUAUUUUGUGAGAAGCAGGCCGAGUGUACCUCCAUUUUGAUGUGUUUUUUAUCGCUGUGGAGUGAAAAUUGCGGCCGUGGCAGCAAAAUAAUCAUGCUUGGUCUAGUGAAUCCAAAGGCUCCGCCCGCAUCUAGUGAUGACGUCACACGCUGUAGCGUGAGUCAGGCUGAAAAAGGCAGAAAACUUCAUGUUGCUCCAAGCGAAAUUGUGCAAAAACGGUAGGAAAUAGCAAAAAGGAGUGAAUACAACAUUUGUAGCAGACACGUUGCUGAACAUUUUAAAGCAAAAAUGAGGUCUGUAGGUGAAAGUAUGCAGAAGUUAUAAGGGUGAGAAGGUGUUAUAGCUGUAUCUCCAUUCAUUUGUAAUGGAACAAGUUUUGCAGAAAAAGUGAAAUAUUGCAAAAAGUAUAAAUGGUAGAAAGGUGAAAAGUAAUAGCAAUAAUGUCCUGAAGGAGUGCAUUAGUAUAAAGUUUGAAUGGUUAAAAUAGCACAAAGUGGUAAGGAGUUGAAAAGGGCCAAAAAAGGUACGGAAGAAUAAUAAUAAAAAAAAAAAUAACUAGAAAAAUUGCAUUUCCUUGCAGAAAAUGCGUGGAAAUGCUGAGUGCUGAAAGCUGAAAAAGCAAUGCAAAACUGCCAAUAAAAAAUGGAGGAAGGUAUAAACGGAAAAACUGUAGAAAAGGUGGAGUAGAAGAAGAAGAAAUUGUAUCAAUGGAAGAAUUGUAGUAUAGCUGGAGGUAAAUUAGUUGGAUUAAUGUACAAAUUGUCUGAUAGCCUAAGUGAAAAAUGUAUAUGAUUGAUGUGAAUAAACAGAACUGAUAUGGAUAAUUGAAUUUGAAAAACAAAUGCCUUUAAACAAUGUGUAACAAUGUUCCUAUUAAAUGUACAAAUAGUAAAACAGAUUUUUGCAGUCUGCAGCAUCCAACCAUAGUAACUUGAGAAUGCAGAACAGCACCAUCUAUUGCCCUGCUUCAGUUACUGCCCUACAUCUGAAUGCAGAAAGUAUGAAACAGCUGAAGUUAAAUUAAUUGUAUAAAUGUAGAAAGUAUAGAAAAGAAAAGCAGAAGUAGAAGAAAAAGAAGAAGUUAGUAUGUUAAAAGAGUUAAAGACAAGAACUGUAACAACAAAGUUCAUAUUGGGGCUGUAUUUUCUACUGACAGAUAGACAGUAAUGCACACAUGGAAACAGUGUGUGUGUGUGUGUGUGUGUGUGUGUCGCGCGCGUGCAUGUGCGUGUGUGUGCCCGCGCGCACGAGCGGCCGAGCCCGGGCGUGUGCGAUCGAAGCACACAGCCCAUGACAAGUGCAGAAUCUCCGGCUCUGAAGGAAUGUACUCACCUCUUGGGCAAACUGUACAAUUUGAUGACUUCAGACCUAUUUUGUGAGAAGCAGGCCGAGUGUACCUCCAUUUUGAUGUGUUUUUUAUCGCUGUGGAGUGAAAAUUGCGGCCGUGGCAGCAAAAUAAUCAUGCUUGGUCUAGUGAAUCCAAAAGGCUCCGCCCGCAUCUAGUGAUGACGUCACACGCUGUAGCGUGAGUCAGGCUAAAAAAGGCAGAAAACUUCAUGUUGCUCCAAGCGAAAUUGUGCAAAAACGGUAGGAAAUAGCAAAAAGGAGUGAAUACAACAUUUGUAGCAGACACGUUGCUGAACAUUUUAAAGCAAAAAUGAGGUCUGUAGGUGAAAGUAUGCAGAAGUUAUAAGGGUGAGAAGGUGUUAUAGCUGUAUCUCCAUUCAUUUGUAAUGGAACAAAUUUUGCAGAAAAAGUGAAAUAUUGCAAAAAGUAUAAAUGGUAGAAAGGUGAAAAGUAAUAGCAAUAAUGUCCUGAAGGAGUGCAUUAGUAUAAAGUUUGAAUGGUUAAAAUAGCACAAAGUGGUAAGGAGUUGAAAAGGGCCAAAAAAGGUACGGAAGAAUAAUAAUAAGAAAAAAAAUAAUAAUAAUAACUAGAAAAAUUGCAUUUCCUUGCAGAAAAUGCGUGGAAAUGCUGAGUGCUGAAAGCUGAAAAAGCAAUGCAAAACUGCCAAUAAAAAAUGGAGGAAGGUAUAAACGGAAAAACUGUAGAAAAGGUGGAGUAGAAGAAGAAGAAAUUGUAUGAAUGGAAGAAUUGUAGUAUAGCUGGAGGUAAAUUAGUUGGAUUAAUGUACAAAUUGUCUGAUAGCCUAAGUGAAAAAUGUAUAUGAUUGAUGUGAAUAAACAGAACUGAUAUGGAUAAUUGAAUUUGAAAAACAAAUGCCUUUAAACAAUGUGUAACAAUGUUCCUAUUAAAUGUACAAAUAGUAAAACAGAUUUUUGCAGUCUGCAGCAUCCAACCAUAGUAACUUGAGAAUGCAGAACAGCACCAUCUAUUGCCCUGCUUCAGUUACUGCCCUACAUCUGAAUGUAGAAAGUAUGAAACAGCUGAAGUUAAAUUAAUUGUAUAAAUGUAGAAAGUAUAGAAAAGAAAAGCAGAAGUAGAAGAAAAAGAAGAAGUUAGUAUGUUAAAAGAGUUAAAGACAAGAACUGUAACAACAAAGUUCAUAUUGGGGCUGUAUUUUCUACUGACAGAGAGACAGUAAUGCACACAUGGAAACAGUGUGUGUGUGUGCCCGCGCGCGCGGCCGAGCCCGUGCGUGUGCAUGUGCAUGUGCAUGUGCGUGUGUGAUCGAAGCACACAGCCCAUGACAAGUGCAGAAUCUGACAGAGAGACAGUAAGAGAGAAAGAGAGACAGUAAUGCACUCAUGGAAACUGUGUGUGUGUGUGUAUGUGUGUGUGCCCGCGCGCGCACGAGCGGCCAAGUCCGUGCGUGUGCGAUCGAAGCACACAGCCCAUGACAAGUGCAGAAUCUCCGGCUCUGAAGGAAUGUACUCACCUCCUGGGCAAGCUGUACAAUUUGAUGACUUCAGACCUAUUUUGUGAGAAGCAGGCCGAGUGUACCUCCAUUUUGAUGUGUUUUUUAUCGCUGUGGAGUGAAAAUUGCGGCCGUGGCAGCAAAAUAAUCAUGCUUGGUCUAGUGAAUCCAAAAGGCUCCGCCCGCAUCUAGUGAUGACGUCACACGCUGUAGCGUGAGUCAGGCUAAAAAAGGCAGAAAACUUCAUGUUGCUCCAAGCGAAAUUGUGCAAAAACGGUAGGAAAUAGCAAAAAGGAGUGAAUACAACAUUUGUAGCAGACACGUUGCUGAACAUUUUAAAGCAAAAAUGAGGUCUGUAGGUGAAAGUAUGCAGAAGUUAUAAGGGUGAGAAGGUGUUAUAGCUGUAUCUCCAUUCAUUUGUAAUGGAACAAGUUUUGCAGAAAAAGUGAAAUAUUGCAAAAAGUAUAAAUGGUAGAAAGGUGAAAAGUAAUAGCAAUAAUGUCCUGAAGGAGUGCAUUAGUAUAAAGUUUGAAUGGUUAAAAUAGCACAAAGUGGUAAGGAGUUGAAAAGGGCCAAAAAAGGUACGGAAGAAUAAUAAUAAGAAAAAAAAUAAUAACUAGAAAAAUUGCAUUUCCUUGCAGAAAAUGCGUGGAAAUGCUGAGUGCUAAAAGCUGAAAAAGCAAUGCAAAACUGCCAAUAAAAAAUGGAGGAAGGUAUAAACGGAAAAACUGUAGAAAAGGUGGAGUAGAAGAAGAAGAAAUUGUAUCAAUGGAAGAAUUGUAGUAUAGCUGGAGGUAAAUUAGUUGGAUUAAUGUACAAAUUGUCUGAUAGCCUAAGUGAAAAAUGUAUAUGAUUGAUGUGAAUAAACAGAACUGAUAUGGAUAAUUGAAUUUGAAAAACAAAUGCCUUUAAACAAUGUGUAACAAUGUUCCUAUUAAAUGUACAAAUAGUAAAACAGAUUUUUGCAGUCUGCAGCAUCCAACCAUAGUAACUUGAGAAUGCAGAACAGCACCAUCUAUUGCCCUGCUUCAGUUACUGCCCUACAUCUGAAUGCAGAAAGUAUGAAACAGCUGAAGUUAAAUUAAUUGUAUAAAUGUAGAAAGUAUAGAAAAGAAAAGCAGAAGUAGAAGAAAAAGAAGAAGUUAGUAUGUUAAAAGAGUUAAAGACAAGAACUGUAACAACAAAGUUCAUAUUGGGGCUGUAUUUUCUACUGACAGAUAGACAGUAAUGCACACAUGGAAACAGUGUGUGUGUGUGUGUGUGUGUGUGUGUGUGUGUGUGUGUGUGUGCCCGCGCGCGCGCGCGGCCGAGCCCGUGCGUGUGCAUAUGCGUGUGUGAUCGAAGCACACAGCCCAUGACAAGUGCAGAAUCUGACAGAGACAGUAAGAGAGAAAGAGAGACAUUAAUGCACUCAUGGAAACAGUGUGUGUGUAUGUGUGUGUGCCCGCGCGCGCACGAGCGGCCAACUCCGUGCGUGUGCGAUCGAAGCACACAGCCCAUGACAAGUGCAGAAUCUGACAGAGAGAUAGUAAGAGACACAGUAAUGCACUCAUGGAAUUGGGUGUGUGAGUGAGUGUGUGUGUGUGUGUGUGUGUGUGUGUGCGCGCGCGCAUGUGCGUGUGUGUGCCCGCGCGCACGAGCGGCCGAGCCCGUGCGUGUGUGAUCGAAGCACACAGCCCAUGACAAGUGCAGAAUCUCUGGCUCUGAAGGAAUGUACUCACCUCCUGGGCAAGCUGUACAAUUUCAUGACUUCAGACCUAUUUUGUGAGAAGCAGGACGAGUGUACCUCCAUUUUGAUGUGUUUUUUAUGGCUGUGGAGUGAAAAUUGCGGCCGUGGCAGCAGAAUAAUCAUGCUUGGUCUAGUGAAUCCAAAAGGCUCCGCCCGCAUCUAGUGAUGACGUCACACGCUGUAGCGUGAGUCAGGCUGAAAAAGGCAGAAAACUUCAUGUUGCUCCAAGCGAAAUUGUGCAAAAACAGUAGGAAAUAGCAAAAAGGAGUGAAUACAACAUUUGUAGCAGACACGUUGCUGAACAUUUUAAAGCAAAAAUGAGGUCUGUAGGUGAAAGUAUGCAGAAGUUAUAAGGGUGAGAAGGUGUUAUAGCUGUAUCUCCAUUCAUUUGUAAUGGAACAAGUUUUGCAGAAAAAGUGAAAUAUUGCAAAAAGUAUAAAUGGUAGAAAGGUGAAAAGUAAUAGCAAUAAUGUCCUGAAGGAGUGCAUUAGUAUAAAGUUUGAAUGGUUAAAAUAGCACAAAGUGGUAAGGAGUUGAAAAGGGCCAAAAAAGGUACGGAAGAAUAAUAAUAAGAAAAAAAAUAAUAACUAGAAAAAUUGCAUUUCCUUGCAGAAAAUGCGUGGAAAUGCUGAGUGCUAAAAGCAAAAAAGGUCUGUAGGUGAAAGUAUGCAGAAGUUAUAAGGGUGAGAAGGUGUUAUAGCUGUAUCUCCAUUCAUUUGUAAUGGAACAAGUUUUGCAGAAAAAGUGAAAUAUUGCAAAAAGUAUAAAUGGUAGAAAGGUGAAAAGUAAUAGCAAAAGGGCCAAAAAAGGUACGGAAGAAUAAUAAUAAAAAAAAUAAUAAUAAAGAAAUAGUAGAAUAACAAUAAGUGGAAAUGCUGUGUCAGCAUUUCCACUUAAUAAUAAUAAAGAAAUAGUAGAAUAACAAUAAGUGGAAAUGCUGUGUCAGCAUUUCCACUUAAUAAAGAAAUAGUAGAAUAACAAUAAGUGGAAAUGCUGUGUCAGCAUUUCCACUUAAUUAUUAAUCCAUUUGUUUUGACACAGGCAAGCAGGUUGUGGUAGAGGGCCUUAAUCCAUUAAAUGUCGGUCCAAAAUCAAAGGAUAAGACAGUCUGAAUCAGUGGUUAAAGGGGACCUUCCACCAAAAUUUCAUACCUAUUUUUAUCAUUUUUUCAUAAUCCUUGAUGUCCUCUGAUCAUGUUUGUAACAUAAUUUUAGUUGAAAAGUUAUUUGAUGGUUUGUUUUAGCAUGCCUAAAAAACCUUACAGGAAAACCAACUGGUUUUGGCUCAUUAACAUUUAUGGUAAUGAGCUUUGCUCUGAUUGGAUCGCUGCUGUGAAGCCUGCUGUGCUCUGAUUGGCUCAGCAGUGGAGGUUCGGAUUUCGGUUUAUCCAUUGUUAUUAUGCUAAUGCUAAUAGCAUAUGCUAAUGUGUGCUAAAGUAAGGUGCCCAGAUGUCUGUAAUGAUAUCCGGGGAUAUUCGGUGCGGCGGUGGCGGUGCAGGGGCUGCAGGAGCUGUAUGAUCACAGACAAAAUCUCGGUACUAUUUAGUAGCAGCGCAUGCCCCUUGUAAUAACCCCCGUAAGAACUGUUGUUCAGGACUGCUAACUUGUGCUUCCUACCCACUCGGCUACUGUAAUAACCGUUGUUCGAGCCCACACGCAACAUUUUUGGUCUCAUUAAUGAAACGCUUAAAUCGGGGACAUUUUCAGGGACAGCUUUUGCCGGGGACAGGUCAUCCAAUACGGGGACUGUCCCUGGAAAUCGGGGACGUCUGGUCACCUUAUGCUAAAGGCUAAAAACGGCAGGUAUUAAACCAUAUAUUUUAGACCCCGAGUCCGAAGAGGAGGUGGAAGUUGAGGAAGAAGCCGGAGAUCAUUUUCUCAUUCAUUCUGCCCAGCUUUAAGUUCAUUUUCCCGGCAGUGAACCGAAGGAAACACCGGUCGUUUGGAAGAGACCCAUAGCGGAUACAGUGGUAGCUGGGUCUCGCUCUGGCUGUGACUGAGGACGAGAACGAGUGGGCGCGGCUCACCGAGGACGCACUCGUGAAUUAUAAUGAGCAACGUCAACGCAACGUAACACCGACCUGCUUUUUUCAAUUGGCCUGGUUUACUCGUUCCUUUAUUUUAAACCUUUACAGAAUGCAAACGACGUAACGGUUUGUUUUCACAUUUACAACAUAAGACGAACAUAAUAUGGACCUUAUCUGACACAAAAAACCCCAAAAAUUACAUUUUUAUGGCAGGUCCCCUUUAAAAAAACCUUUUUUUUUGGUAUAUUUGUGAAACCUGGGUCUCUACUUGCACUGCUGUCAACAUUUCUCACUCAAAGAGUGACCCUCCUGCAAUGAGGAAAUUCCUGAGUGAAAGAGUAAUCAAUUGCAGAGCACCAGCUUCAAGAGAAAUACUUGGGAGCAGUAUAUGAGAAGGAAAAAGAAGAGUUGAAGACACACUUUUGUGCACAUAGCUUAACUUUACAACAAUCAUACAGAUUACUAAAAAUUGUGAAACUGAUUGUUUGUUAAAUUAAAUUAUUAUUUUUCACACACAGGUAGAAGGCCAUUUUUAAGCCAUGCUUAAGUUGCUAAAAAAAAAAUAAAAAAAUAAAGUGAAGUAACUUGGUUCUAGUAUGCUUGUUUAUCAAAUAGUCUUUAAAAUGGCUCUUUUUAAUUCAGUAGUAGCCUUGUAACAGGGCGUUGGAGAAUAAUCUUUUGGGGGGGGUUUUCCCUGCAUAUUUUGCAACUUUGCAUAAUUCACAACUUGUCGCAUAAUUUCAUUUCGCAUAAUGAUGAAACACCCUACUUGGUAAUUUGUACCGUGGACUCAGGUGUUUCGUCAGAUUUACGAAGCCUUUAUCCUGUACUACGCUAAACAGCUGGUCCUCCAGUGCCACAAACUCCAUUAUUUUCCUAGUGGUGGCUUUGGACUUUUCAGUGCUGAUGUCGAACAUAGGAGCCACGGCGGAAGGUUGUUGUGGUCGCUGCGACUCUACUGCAUCCCUCCUCUUAGUGGCAGUGUAUUCCUUAUAUUUGCUAAACAAGCCUGGGUGCUUCUUUUCCAAGUGGCGUAUUAAGUUUGUCUUAGGCGUUGAUCCUCCACGGCUGACUUUUGACUUGCAAGCAUUACAAACAGCGUGUUUUGGGUCGCUCUGGCACACAAUGUCAAAUCACCGACAUGUUUUCCUCCUGAGUCUUGCUAAUUUUUAGCAGUUUUGCUCGGAGCUGAGACACACCGCGCAUGCGGGUCAGUUUGCUCGGCGAAAACCGGCAAAUUACGACAGUGACCGGCCGGUCACCGGUUGGGGCGGGUUGGAUAUAAAACCGGCUUUUUAAAUCGGCGGCCGAUUAAUCGGUGCAUCUCUACUUAUGAUGACUAGAAACAAGUUUGCACUGUUUGGUUCAAAACACAGAGUCUAUGUCCACAGACAAACUGGUGAAUGUAUGAAAUCCAUGUGUUACACCCACAAUUCAGCAUGGUGGUGUUAGUUUCAUGGUAUGGGGAUGUUUUGCAGGUGAUGGAGUAGGAGAUUUGUUUGAAGUAAAGGGUAUCAUGAAGAAGGAACAGUACCACUCCAUCCUCCAGCACCAUGCUGUUCCAUCUGGACUCAGACUUGUGGCUCAUAAGUUUUUUUUGCAGCAAGAUAAUGACCCUAAGCACCCUGCCAAGCUCUGUCAGGGUUACCUAGACAAAAAAGAAGAGGAAGGUGUUCUUCAAAAGAUGGUUUGGCCCCCUCAGUCUCCAGACCUUUCUCCAAUAGAGCUUGUGCGGGAUGAACUGGAUCAAUCGGUCAGAAAAACGCGUCCCACGAAUCAGCAGUCUCUUUUUAAUGAACUUAAGAAAGCUUAGAAUGCAAUCCCUGGAACAUACCUAAAAAAACUUGUGGAACGUAUGCCUGGUAUAUACCAAGCUGUUGUUAAAGCCAGAGGAGGUUACUUUAAAGAAAGCAAAGUCUAAGCAACAAUAUAACUCAAAUACCUGAUAAUUAUAGUUAAAAUGUCUUCUGAUAAGUUACUCUUUACACAACAGUCAUGUUUAUUGUGUUUCAAAUUAUAUAUGUGAAACUAUGAUCUUUUUUUGUACAAAUCUGAUCUUGCUUCCAAACUUUUGGCCUGUAGUGUACAUACGUGCACGCACCUAGUAUGAGUAUUAGGAUUUGUGAGUUAUCGUCGGCGAUGUCACUGCUGACUCAUCACCCCCCCAACCCCCAUUAACCCAUUUAAAGAGGGACAGCAAGUACGCGUGCUGUCUCAAAUGACGAAUCAAAUCAUCAUACCCGCCUGCCUCUGAUAGGCUAAUGAAGCGAUUGUAUUCAUGCUCGGACCUUGAAUUGAAUGGACGCUUGAAUCAUGAAUGCCACUUGUUUUAAAGAAAGCAAAUAGUUGGUAAUUUCCCAGUUCAGUCUUUACUUUUAUUUAUACAGCCAUUUUAUUCCAUUUGAGUUUGUUUGUUCAAGGUUUUCAAAAAUGUGAUGAAGGUUUGGAAAAAAAAAAACAAUAGUAAUCUUGAACGCCACAUAUAAAAGCUCUCAAAUACUUUUUGAAUUUUGUUUCUAUCUGCUACAGAGGCCGAGAUAUCAGCUUUUUUGUAAACCUCAACACUUCAGAAAACCUCAGGAUCUGGGGGCCCUUCUCAAAACUGCCCUCAGGAUUUCCGACAGGGUUCAGGUCUUAAUGGGUUAAUAACAAAGUUAUGUUCAGCGAACUCACUGCUGAUCCAUAACCCCCGCUCACCCCCUCUGUAAGGAGCGAACUACAUCUACCUGUGUGGGUCCUUAGGCACGACCUUUAACCCUAUGGCCUACCUCAUAAACAUGAGUGUGUACCAUUGAAAGCCAAACUGGCUCAGUUGGUACAGUUUGUAAAAGCAAAGCUCCCCAAAUGCAUAUAUCAAUUUUAACCCAAGAUCACAAGUCAAAUUAACUUGAAGAUUUGGUUAGCUGACCCUGAAAAAGAGUUAUUGUGUCAACCAGAAAUUUGGGUUAAUUUGAAUAACCCAACAUUCUGGGUCAAAAUAACCCAAUAAGUAGCCAGUCCCUUUUCAACCCAAGUUUUUAGAGUGUAUGCUAUAAAAAACCAGACACUGCCAGAUAUACCCGCCAUUAUGAUCUAAAAUCAGGUAUCUGUGCUGAAAAGAUGUCUUCUUUGAAAUCAAGAUUCUUGUGCAUCUUGAUGCUCCAUUUCCUGGCGCAGAAGACACCUGCUGACCUGAAAGUUGACCAGAAGAAGAUCAUUGACUCCCUCCAUAAGGAGGGUCAGUCUCAGAAGGUCCCUGCUGAGAAGUCUGGCUGUUCACAGUCUGUAUGAACCAGAUUCAUGGAAAAGUGAGGGAGGAAAAAGAGACAAGAAACAGGGAUGACAGCAGACUGGAGAGGAUUGACAAACAAAGAUUCAAGAACUUAGAGGAGCUUCACAAAGACUGGACCUAGGCUAGAGUCAGAGCAUCACAUAGAAAAAUCUGGAAAAUGGAUUACAUUUGUAAGGGUUAGGGUGUCAAGAUGCUCCUGAACCAGCGACAACCUCAAAAGAAUCUCUCCUAGACAGGUCCAAAGUCCUGUCUUCAGAUGAAAAGUCAAUCAGCUUCUCAAAUGAUGCGCUUGAAACAAGAGGUUGCUGCAAGUCUGGUCUCUCUGCAUUAUCUGUAAUUUUUGCUAGAUUUUUAAAAUAUUUUUGUUGUCAUUUUGUUGGCUGCUGAUGGAUACUUCUGCUGGGUGAAGAGUUUACUUAAGACAAGAGCUCCUUUCAUUGAGAAAAAGCAAAUCUAGACAACAUACAAUUCCAGAGGACAUCAGGAGGUGUUAUCGUGGUUGCCGUGCUGGUGCAAAGGAGAAGGCAAAGCUGAAUGCUAGGAGGUGGCGAUACAAACCCUUUCUUCCAUCAAUCAUCAUGGGAAAAUUCAACUCUCUGCCCAACAAAAGCGAUGAGCCUGGAGAUAUUGGUGAAGACUGAGAAAGCAUACUGUGAGUGCAGUUUCCUGUGAUUCACUGAAACCUGGUUGAAUCAACAAAACUCAGACUCCAGUGUGGAUCUACCUGGCUUCACUCUUAUAAGGUCAGACAGAUAUGCUCAAGCUAGUGGCAAGAAGAAAGGAGGAGGUCUGACUUUAUUUUCAACCAGAGAUGGUGUAACCCUUCACACAUAACUGUCAAGGAGAAGUUGUGUUGUCCUGAUCUUGAACUGUUGGCAGUUGUUCUUCGACUAUAUUAUGUUAUAUAGAGCUGGAGUACAAAAAAAAAAGAUAGAGAAGAAUCUACAACACAGCAACAUCUGUGAAGUGUGGAGAGAAAUCAGUACCAUCUCUGGACACAGCAAUAAAAAGAAAGCCAGCCAGUGUUGGGUGAUCUGGAAAGAGCUGAUGAACUCAACCUGUUCUUCAACAGAUUUGACACUGCUGUCACACCCACUUCCACUGCUUCUCCACCUUCCUCUCCGCAACAAAUCACCACUACAACUUCUCCCUUUCCUCCUCCAUCUUGUUCAGAUGUCUCAACCACAUCAACUGCCUCCCUCCUAGAACACCAGUCCUUGUCUGUCACUGAAACAGGGGUGAGGAAAGAGCUUGGAAGACUUUGUCCUGGGAAGGCAGCUGGUCUAGAUGGUGUGUGUACAAGGCUGCUUAGAGACUGCGCUGUAGAACUGUGUCAAUCUCUCCACAGGAUCUUUAACCUGAGUCUACAGCUGGGGCGGGUACCUACUCUGUGGAAAACAUCCUGCAUUGUGCCAGUACCAAAAACAAAAUGUCCUGCUGAACUCAAUAACUACAGACCAGUGGCCCUCACUUCACACAUCAUGAAAACCCUGGAGCGGCUGAUUCUACGCCUUCUGAGGUCUGAUGUCAAAGACAAACUGGACUCCCUGCAGUUUGCAUAAAAAAAGCACAUUGGAGUGGAUGAUGCUGUCCUCUACAUGCUUCAACGCGCCCCGUCUCAUCUGGAGGAACCUGGGGUUUAUGUGAGGAUCAUGUUCUUUGACUUUUCAAGUGCAUUCAACACCAUCCAACCUACCAUAGUCAAAGGCAAGCCAACAGAGAUGGGAUGGAUCCUGCCUGUGUUUCCUGAUCACAGAUUACCUGACAGGAAGGCCACAGUUUGUCAGGCUGGGAAACUGUGUUUCUUGGACAUUAAUGAGCAGUACAGGGGCUCCACAAGGGACAGUGCUGGUGCCAUUCCUGUUCACACCGUAUAUGUCAGACUUCAAAUACAGCACUGAGUCCUGCCACAUCGAGAAAUACUCAAAUGACACUGCUAUAUUGUGGCAUGUAUCAGAAAUGGACAAGAAGCUGAAUACAGAGCUCUAAUAAGAGCCUUCAGUGACUGGAGUCUCAGAAACUGCCUCCUCCUCAAUACCUCAGAGACAAAGGAGAUGGUCAUAGACUUCCGCAGAUCCAAACCCCCUCUUCAGCCAGUGAACACUUGUGGAGUGGACAUCGAAGUGGUGACAUCAUAUAAACAUCUAGGUGUAGUGCUGGGCGAUAUGGAAAAAAAUGUAUAUCACGAUAUGGAUCAUUUUAUAUCACGAUAACGAUAUAUAUCACGAUAUAGCUAUGGUAUGCUUUCAGUUCUAUGAAAAAUUAAAGUGUAUACAGCUGCCCUAGUACAGUGCCAGUACAAGACAAGCGCAUAAAACUAGAAAAAUGAAUAAAUAAAUACGUGGCUGAAGUGCGUUCAUGUCUGUGCUCACCCAAAGUUAUGCAACACUCACAGAAAACGCCGAUAGUGUGAGCCAAAGCACUCCAUAAUAAUAAUAAUAAUAAUAAUAAAUUUAAUUUGUAAUGCACUUUACAUUUACAAAAAAUCUCAAAGUGCUACAGUACACAGUAAAAAAAGAACAGCAACAAUAAAAAAAGCAAUAGAAUGACAGUCACAGAUUGGCAUAAAAAAAGGCAUAAACGAAUAAAAAAAAUUAAGAAUAUAGAGUUGCAAUGUAAGAGGCAAGGUAGUAAAAGCAUAAAGCAUAGAGGAAAGCUAACUAAAGGCUUUAUUAAAAAGGUAGGUCUUUAGGGCUCUUUUGAAGAGGUUGUUCACACUGCAUGAUGUUUCUCCUCCAAAGCUGCUCUCUGCCUCCAUCAUUGUUUACUUUACUCUUGAAGCACGUAGCAAGACCCGAGCAUGAAUCCGAGCGCUUUAUUCGCCUAUCAGGGGCAGACAGGUAAGGUGAUUUGAUUCGCCACGACUCCAGAAAUGAUUGAAAAACUACAGAAUGUCACAAAAUUACGUUUCCCCGCCCCUGGCUCGAAGGGUAGCGCAGCCGCGCUCCCAGCUGACAGGAAGUCAAACCACUGUUGUAGUUCUUUUGUGUUGCUAGCGCGGUCAAGAGUGUUGGCUCUCACUGAGACAUGACUACAAAAAUGGACGCACCUGUUUAUCUGGUUGUUAAACACGGCUGAAAAUUAUCAUCUAUUAAUGUUGUUCCCGCUCCUGCCGACUCCCGUUGCUUUUUUCCCGUCCCGUCCCGAUCAAGGGAUUAAUUAAAAAAUGACUCCCAUCCCGUGGGAUUCCCGCGGGAAUCACGGGACCCACGGGAAUUCCCGACAAACGUCAUCCUCUACAGGGAAGGUCCCGGAGCAGAUGAAACAGGUACCGGAGCGGCUGAAAUAGGUCCCGGGUCCGAUCAAAAGAGGUCCCGGAUCGCGCUCCGACUUGCUCUGGCACAAAUUAAGCACUGCUUACAAUGAUUUCCUCACGUGUGUAACCCAGGUAACCCGCAACGGCGGGAGACGCUGGACACGAAGAGGGCACGUAAAGCGGCGUCAUGUCGUAAAAUCGAAAGAGAAAUGCAAGCCUACAUGUCAACGCAUCCUUUUCUUUGUAAGAAAAUAUUGUUUUCUUUCCCGUUUGACACCAAAUACACUUACUGAAUGUGCAAUUAUUGUUGUUGUUACUAUGAAUCAUCUGAUGGCACAAGCCCUAUGGAUAAAAUACAGCCUUUCGCCCGAAAAGAUAAAAAUAGAAAUGGCACGAUAGACAUUUUCUAUCGUGCCCACGAUAUCUAUCGUCCUAUCGCCCAGCACUAUCUAGGUGUAUAUCUGGAUAAUAAGUUGGACUGGUCUAAGAAUAUAGACUUCAUCUACAGAAAGAGGCAGAGUCGCCUCUUUUGCCUGAGAAGACUCUGAUCAAUAGACAUCUGUAGUAAAAUGCCGCAGAUGUUUUAUCAGUCUGUGGUGGCAAGUGUUCUGUUCUAUGCUGCAGUUUGCUGGGGAGGAAGCAUCAAACACAAAGAUGCAAGACAUCUUAAUAAACUGGUGAAAAAGGCUGGCUCUGUGGUUGGACUCAAGCUGGACUCAGUGGAGGAUGUGGUGGAGAGAUCUACACCGAGGAAGGUGGAGUCUAUUCUCAAGAACAUGGAUCACCCACUUCACAACACCUUGAUGGACCAAAGGGCCAAUGGUGGUGGACGGCUCCUCUCUCUUCGCUGCAGGACAGAACGAUUCAGAAGAUCUUUUGUACCAACAGCCAUUAGACUUUAUGACUAAUGUAAAUAGUAGAUAACUGUUAUAUACAUAUUACAUGAGACAAAGGACAAUUGAAUUUCCCUUCAGGGAUUAAUAAAGUUAUUCUUAUUCUUAUUAGAAAUAAUGGAGUUUUAAAGUCAGAACUCAUAAAGUUCUUGUAUCAAGGUUACAGAGUCGGGGGAAAAUCAGUGAGGCCCAAGGAGCUUCAAGUCUAGUGUGACGCUUCCACAGUCUGUGAUGGUUUAGGGUGCCAUGUCAUCUGCUGCUGCUGGUCUACUGUGUUAUCAAGUCCACAGUCAAUGCAGCUUUAUGUCUACCAGGAGGUUUUACUGAGAUCCAGAUUUCCUUUUUCAGUAGGACCUGGUACCUGCCCACAACACAAAAAAAACAAACAAAAAAAUCUUGGUGUUACUGUUCUUGAUUUUCUAGCCAACUGGCCUAACCUAAACCCCAUAGAGGGUCUCUGGGGUGUCAUCAAGAGAAAGAAAAGAUACACUAGAGCAACAAUCCAGAUGAGCUAAAGGAGGUAUCAGAGACCUGCACUUCAAUAAGUCCACAGCAGAGACACAGACUGACUGACUUCGUGACACAAUACCCUGAUGCAGUAAUUCAUACCAAAAGGAGCUCCGACCAAGAACUAAGAGCAAUAUAGGAUAAUUUUUCCAAAGGUCACCAUUUCUUAGUUAUAAGUCCUUUUUUGGAUCACUGCUCUGUAAUAUCCUGGGGCCUUAUGUAUCAACGCUUGCGGCGCAAGAAAACCUUGUGUACGCCAAAAUCGGCGCACACAUCCAGAUUUAUCAUCGCGAAACGAGCAUCGGUUCCAGCGCUAAUCAACGCAAAGUCAGGAGGUGGUGUAGAAAUUGGCGUUGAGCCGAUACUUGCGUUGACUGUGAUUCGCACAUUGGCGACGCUGUGUGGCGGUGUUUGGUGACUCACUAUGUGACAAGCGUGCACCACAUCCCCGUGGCCGAGCAGCACGUCGCCCCACAUGACGAACCAGCAGCAGACGGAGGGAUGUGAGCUGAUCCCUGCCGGGCCGCCGUCCUCGCGCGGGAGAAUCUCAUCGCCACAGUGUGAAUGGGUAAGAAGUUAAUACACAGUCAAAUUAAUGAGCCAAAUUAAUUUAUUUUCUCCACCAGACGCUCGAGGACAUUUACGAGGCGGUCCAGCCGCUCGUUGAUCUCCGCGAUCCCCCUGAUGAUUUCUUCCUGCGAUUGCAGGACCCCCUCUGCGAGGACCCUUCCACUGCGUCCGGGUGGUCCAGCGGAAGCGCCGCGGCUGGUGGACGCUCCACCGCUUGUCGGCGCGCUGGUGCUGAUGCUGGUGCACCAGCUGUCCCGACGACUCCGAGCCGGCAGACGGGCUGCCGCGGGCCGGGGUUCCGCAAACCGGCGACACGGCCGACACAUUGAUUUCUGUGACACAAUAAAAAUAUUGGUUCAUUUCAAUUCCUGCUUCUGUGUAUCUGUUGCGUUUACAUCUCUCUUCACGGUAUCAUAGGUAAUGUAAUCCAGUAUUUAGAGGUCAGUUAUGCACAUUACAGUUGUUUAUUGCAUAAAAAGUUAUCGAAAAAUGAGGUUAAGGGCGAAGUAUAAAUCACGUCUAAAAAUAACCUGAAUCCCGACGUUGAAAUGAAGUAUAAACUUAGACUAGACGUCUAAUAUAUGUCUUUUGCUCAGUGGGAUGACAAAGCAUGUGGACAUUUGUGUGACACGCCACUUACCCUAUAAUAAUAAUCGCCACCACCCGCUGCUCAAACGGUGUGAGGGUCUCCUCCCCCGGACCCCCACCUGUCUGGCCAGUACUCCUCCGGAGGGCAGCUGUACGCCGCUUGACCUCCACCUUGAGGUCUGACCACUUUUUUUUAAUCUUCGCGGGGGUGCGUGUCUCGGAACCCACCGCAUUCACCCUCUCGCAAACUUUCUCCCACUCCAAGCGUUUUUGUUUUGCACUGACGCCACUGGACAGGCUGCCAAACAAAACACGCUGUCGCUUCUCCACCUCGCACGCCGUAAAUUUAGUUUUUCUUGUCAUUUUGUCUGCGUGCGAGGACAGGGAGACCCUAUUUAAAUAAAUCUGCAUAUUUAUAGGAGGGCGUAACGGGGACGGGCCCAGUCACUCCGACAUCUGCGCUCAAUUCCACGCUGAUUGGGAUUUAUCAAGGAAACACACGUGGAUUUCGGCGCCCGCACACCUUGAUACAUACAGAUUUUUUUCAGCGUGACGGACCUUGCGUGCGCUCGUUUCUGGUAUGAGUUCCACGCAAGUGUUGAUACAUAAGGCCCCUGAUGUUUUGAGAUAGAGGAUUUUGAUGCUGGUGAGCUGUAAGCUGUAAUGAUCAAGAUUCAAACAAAAAAUCUGGAAAUGUUGCACUGUAAAAGAGAUGAAUCUGGAAUAAUGAAAGUUGCACUUUUUGAGUUGAUUUAUGUGAGAAUUUUUUUUUUGAGCUGCACCUGUAAAUGCCAACACUACUCUUGUUAAUGGUCUAUGUUUUUUUAUUUCUGUGUAAGUUUUUUCCUCAGAGUGGCAAAAGUUCUAGUAUUUAGGAACAGGUUAGAUCAAUUCUUUUUUUCUCAUAUGAAGUGGUAACCUCCAGUCUUGAAAGAUAAAGCAGGGACUGAACUUUUUCCUCCACCCCAACCACAGCCAUAACAAAAAACAAGGACAAUGUUAUAGAAAACCCCCUACCAGGGUGGCACACUUACCAAUUAGCAUGUAAAAGAAUGGUCUUUGGCACAUAAAUAGUCAUAGUCACGGAGUUAAUAAAACUUCUUUGCAGGUAAUGGAUCUAAAGUGAGAACACUGCUUAUAAAGAUCAAUAAAUACUUUGUAAUGCACUUAUCUAGAGCUAUAAAAGUGGGGGUACUGUGGUAAGUGUGCUCAGGUUCAAACCCCACUUUUGGCUCCAUUCCCACAUGCCAUGACCCCCCCCCCCCCAAAUUCCAACUCUGUCAACUGUACUUUCUCUUCACUUAAGGCACAAAAAUCUAUGGAUGUCCUGACCAGGUUUUUUUCGCCCCCAACUCCAAGUCCAAGUCAUUUGAUUUUGAGUAUCUGCCGAUACAGAGUCUCAAUCCGAUACUUCUAUAGUACAUUAAAAAAAUUAAGAAGAGCGAAGAAAUAGAUCCAGGAUGUCCCUGAUUUUUUAUUUUAUUCACCAUAUUUGAUCAUUUCAGACUUAUAAACAGAGCACUCUGUGUGGUAACUUGAACAAUCAAGUAAUAAAAAAAUUCACAACAUUGAAGUUUAGUGCAACAAUGUCUAAUUUAAAAACAAACAGCAGCUCAACUUGAAUUACCUGGUAGGUAUGUAAACAAAUAAGAUAAUAAUAGUGCCACAGUGUUAUAAAGUAAGGCCAGUAAUGUGAUUUCCAUGAACCUCUGCUGAUGUGCUUCUCACGGAUGGGGCCUGUGACUGCCUCUCUUGUAGGAUUUCCUCAAAGGCGCUGUCCCGGCUGCUGCAUGAUUCAUGCCGUGGUGCCUCGCUCACUAGUUCUGCCAAAGCCACUGCUUCCUUUUGGACUGCACUGGCGACCCUUGUCCCCUCUAUUUUUGCCACCUCCUGGAUAAGGUGUUCCUUUGGAAGCGUCAGGUUGGCAGACUUUGUGAAGAUGCUAAAUAUAUAUAUAUUAUAUAUUAGAAUUACAGUAAUCCAGCCUAGAGGUAACAAAGGCAUGGACUAGUUUUUCCGCAUCACUCUGAGACAGGAUGGGUCUAAUUUUUGAAAUAUUGCGCAGGUGGAAAAAAGCUAUCCUAGAGAUUUGUUCAAUGUGGGAGCUAAAGGACAAAUCCUGAUCAAAUAAAACUCCCAGAUUUGGAAAUCCUCCAAUAAACCGUUGUUAUGAAGAAAAUCACAAAGUUGAUUCACAACAACUUUCUCCAGGACUUCAGAAAUAAAAGGAAGGUUGGAUAUUGGUCUAUAGUUAGCUAGGGUGCUUGAGUCAAAAGUAGGUUUUUUAAGGAGAGGCUUAAUCAAUGCAGUCUUAAAAGAAUGGGGAACAUACUGAUCUUAAGAUGGCGCCGUCCUAGCGGCAGCUUGUUGUAGUCUCCUUUGCACAUCUACACUUACAGAUUCAUUCAUCUUAGUACAUACUAUUUAAGUACUCAUAUUCAUUCAUUACCUUGUAUAGUCUUGUAUAUUUUAUCUAUUUUUUGUAUUUCUCUGUAUUGCUUGUAUCGGCUACUACAACAACCGAAUUUCCCCUCGGGGAUUAAUAAAGUUAUCUAUCUAUCUAUCUAUCUAUCUAUCUAUCUAUCUAUCUAUCUAUCUAUCUAUCUAUCUAUCUAUCUAUCUAUCUAUCUAUCUAUCUAUCUAUCUAUCUAUCUAUCUAUCUAUCUAUCUAUCUAUCUAUCUAUCUAUCUAUCUAUCUAUCUAUCUAUCAUAUCCUGUUAAUAAAGAUGUGUUGAUCAGGUUAAGCAAGGACAUACUGAUCAAAGGAAGAGUUUCCUUCAGCAGUUUAGAUGGAAUUGGGUCCAAAAGACACGUAGAUGGUUUGGCUGCCAGCACCACUGACUUUAACUCAGGAAGGUCAAUAGGUGCAAAGUUACUAAGGUGCACCAGAGGCCUUAGGGGCUCCUCAACAAUUUCAGGGUUAUCCAAGAGAGAGACACCUGACAAAUGCAAGAGGUUACUAAUUUUACUUCAUAUUUUUAAGAUUUUUUCAUUGAAAAAGCUCAAGAAGUCGUCGCUGCUGAGGGCUAAUGGGAUACAUGGUUCAGCAGUGCUCUGACAGUCCGUCAGCCUGGCUACAGUGCUAAAGAGAUACCUGGGGUUAUUCUUAUUUUCUUCAAUAAGAGACGAGUAGUAAGUUGUCCGAGCACGUCGUAAGGCCUUUUUAUAUUUAUCAAGACAUUCCUGCAAGAGAAAACGAGCUUCAGCUGUUUUGGAAGAGUGCCAAUCCUUUCUCGUCUUCUUAAUAACUAUUUCAGCGCACAGGUUUCAGCAUUAUACCACAGAGCCAGCCUCUCGCGUGUAAGAGUUUUCUGUCGAAGAGGAGCAACUGAGUCAAGAAUUGAUCACAAUGUGCCUGAGGUAUCAUCGACGAACUGAUCAAGUUGCAAGGGACUGAUGUUCAAGUAUGAGCUAUCAGUGAAGUUCCUCUCAAGCACUGAAUUAAGAGCAGAUGGAAUUGCCUCCUUGAACUUAGUCACAGCAUUAUCAGACAACCUUCUAGUUAGCACGGCUUUGUUAUGAGGAGAGUAGCCUGAAAGCACAAAUUCAAAAGUUACUAGAAAGUGAUUUGAUAAAAGAGGAUUUAAUGAGCUGACUGACAAGGCUUCAGCUUCAAGGCCAUAAGCCAGGACAAGAUCGAGGGUGUGGUUAAAGCAGUUCGUAGGUCCAUGUGCACACUGUGUAAACCCAAUUGAGGCUCGCAAGAACAAGAAAGAAAUGCUUAAGCUAUCAUUUUCCACAUCCACAUGAAUAUUAAAGUCACCAAUGACAAUGACUGUCUGCACGAAGGACUAGAUCAGAUAGAAACUCUGAGAAUUCUGACAAAAACUCAGAGAUUGGGCUGGGAGGGCGAUAAACUAUAGCAAAUACCAGUGGUCUCAUGGUCUUGAGGCUGGAUGCAGAAGACUGAGAACAAGACUUUCAAAAGAGUUAUAAUCCAGUUUUGGUCUUGGGUUAAUUCCAAGACUGAAAUUAUUACAGUUUUUCUCAGUCGCUUUGGUACAUUUCUCGAAUCAUCCUCGACAUUUGCAAAACAGUAAGUUCUUUUCUCAAAACAAUUUGUACAAAUAGCAAAACACCAUGGAUUACCUGCAAAAGCCAGUCUCUUGCUCAAAAUCCUUAGUACAUCUCUCAAAAGUAAAUAUCUGUGUCAAUGAACAUGUCAGUGCCAUCAGAAAGACAAGUCCUUGUGUCAUUGUGUACGGAUAAGACAGUCAAAUUGCUUAGUCAUGUUGUCAAUAUAACAGUGUACUCUGGAGGGAUGUUCUGAUGUAAACUAUGGCCAAAGUUUUGAUGACAAUCAUUGUAAAUUGUAAGUUACACCUCAGUGUAUGUGGGAGAUUGAUUGCAAGAGACUGUAAUUUGAUGACAGACCAUGUCAUUGCGAUACAGAAAAGAAAAAGACAGCACUGCAGAGCACAAUAAAAAAAAACAAAAAAACAAAAGUAGAAAUGUGAACAUAGGACAAUUUCCUUAGGGAAAACUGGAAAUGCAGUGCUGUAAGAAUUACAGUACAGUCUUCCUACACCUCCUGAUGUUCCUGUCUGUUGGGCAAUAAAUUCUUAUCCACAAAAUGUCUCUCAUCCAAAAUGUCACUGUAUAUACUAUACUUACUGUAUAUUGUAAAAUGAAAGUCGAAUACUGCAAUAUUGUAUGAAGCAUCACAGAAAGUAUACAGUAUUACAGUACAGUGCCUAUUGUUAGAUUACAAACCUGUUCUGUCAACGAAAAGUCUCAAUGAUUGAGGACACAGUUGUUCUCCCAACAUUUGGCUGCACCCUUCGGCCAGCCUCAGCCAUUGUAAGCCCAUGAUUGAGAACGUGGUCUACAAGUGUACCUCUUAUCUCAUCAGGAACAUGCAUAUGUCCUCUGCCUCUUCUGCCUCUUCCUCUGUUUUGCCUCCCAACUCCUCCGCCACGCAGCCUCACUCCUCUUCCUCUUCUUCUCUCUGGCUGUUGACCCCGUCCAAUUCCUUGUCCUUCCAUUGUCAGACAUUGUAACAUUGUGUUGUACCCUGGCAAUAUAUGUACUUGCCAGUUGAUGGUUCAUGAGAUGCACCUUUGAGCUGUUUCAGAAAAGUGGUUGAUCAUUGGUUGAUCUAAUGCUUCACACAUUUCCCACCGUUAGAGAAAGUCAAGAUUCACCUGGGAGCAAUUUACCAAUUCAGGGCAGAUUCAGAAACGUCUCAUGAAAAUGUAUAGAAAUAUGCUUGACAUAUUAUGACAGCUUGUUCAACCAUUUUGCGUGUAAAGACUUAUGCGAUGAACUAAUGCCUAAAUGUUGUGGGGGGUGAGACUAUUCAACAGAGACCCAUUAUAAUACAUUUUGAUCAACAUGACAUAAGCAAUUGAUAAUGUAGAAAACAGCAGAAAAUUGUACAUAAUCAUUUGCAUGGCUGUACCAAAGCAUUUGCAAGUUGGUCAAAGAAAUGAGAAACUGCUUUUUUGAUGUGCACAAGUGGCACAAUGAUGUGAAGAUUGAACACUUAGUUUUGAGAAUUUCAAUUCUGAUCUAAGAAAUGUACCAAAGCAACUGAGAAAAACUGUAAUAGCUGCAACUCCACCACCUCGGCCAGAGUCCCGAGGAAUGUGAAAGCUUAGGUGGCUAGGAGGAGUGGAUUCAUUCAAGCUGACAUAUUCAUCCUGACGCAGCCAAGUUUCAGUUAGGGAGAGUAAAUCAAUGCGAUGAUCAGAGAUUAGUUCAUUUAUUAACACAGAUUUGGAACUUUGAGACCUUAUGUUCAGUAGACCACAUUUUAUCUUACUACUACUCAGUUCAGCUAUGUUAGCAGUUUUAGUUCUAGUAAGGUUGUUGUUAUUUACUCCUUUGUUAAUCGAUCGGUUAGAAUGAAAGAGCAGAGGACAAGGGACAGACAGUCUCUAUAUUAAAGUGACAGUAGCUGCUCUAACAAAAGUGCAGAGGAACGUGCAGAACUGUGGCUCUGCUCCCUUGUCUCUGUAUAUAAGUGAUAGUGGCUGGGAAGCUGCUCUAAAGGAGGCGCAGGGGGGCAUGUAAGACUGCGGCCCUGCUCCCUUAUCUCUGCUCUGAAUUGUUAGUGGUUCGGACUAAUAAAAUCGGCCAGAUUUCUUGAUAAACGGGCCGCUACAUCUCAAGUGGGAUGAAUGCUGUCCCGACUAAUCAGACCGGGCCAGGGUGUCUGUCACACUCAGCUGGAUAAGCAGGCCCUCAUGCAUACAGACUUGGCAAGCCAAACUCCGCACUCCCAUAUCCUCCAUGCCUAUCUUCAUAUUUGCAGCAUUGUCACACAAAAUUACGUGGACCUGCUGCUUGUCGAUUCCAAGUUGUUUAGCAUCUUUUUCAUGGCCUGUUGGAUGCACUGUUGUGUUGGAUCCACAAAAUUCCUGGGCGUGCAGAGUCGCACGGCAUAAAACAAAACUGGGGGUCGAUAAAUUGUCAGGUGAGAGUCAGUAAUGACAUCGGAACCACAGACGAACUUGAGAUAUCUGUUGUAAAUGAAACAUGGGGCACGUCUGGUAACAGGACACAUAGGGCUCUAUUUUCAUGUCUGCCGGUUUUGCGGCGGACUCCGCACAGUGGUAUUUUUGUCUGGCAGAGCCCGGCGUACAGCCAGUUUGCUAUUUUCAUGGACUGAGGAACACCGAGGUCCCAAGCUAGGCAUGGUGGCGUGGCAGGGGGAGGUGUCAACAGAAUUAGCUGGUGCAGUGACAUUUUUGUGCUCGCCGCCGGCGAGUAAAGUGCGCUGAGAGCUCACCGAUUCAGACCUGGUCAGCUUCAAGCACAGGGGGAGCGCAGCUGGUCUAGUGGCAUUUUGGUAGACCGGCGGCAUAUCGGCAGACGUCACUGAUGCCUCACCGGCAGAUUUCCACAGUGUCAGGCACAUUUCAGUGCAAUAAAUAAUCAUCAACAACUAAUAAUCCGAGUCAGCACAUACAGUACAUUUAGAUCCAUAUAGAUAUAUUCUGAUCUAUAUCUGAUCUGAUGAGCGCGUUUGGCACGUGUUUAGACACUCAACCUGACAGAAUUAACACAGCUGAAACCGCAUUAAAUUAAAGUAAAUAUCUAGUAAAUAGUGAACAAGACAUAUUAUUCGUCUCCCUCCUUUUUUUUCUUCCUCUUCCUCUUAUUUCUUGCGCAGCUCGACCUGGACAUGUGUCCGUGUCCUCUCCCCAUCCUGCUGCAGCUGCUGCUGUGGCGGCUGAACAGAUGAUUUAUUUUAGUGAUCAGAUGAGUUAUUUACUUUAGGCCUACAUACGAAUAUUAUAACAUUCAGUUUUGUGAGCAAAAUUCAUUUUAUAUGCCAUAUUCUAUGAAAGAAAGAGCCAGGCCACGGAGCACGAUGCGUCAUUUCAAGCAUUUUAAUUCCGAUUUUAAUGCCAUUAUUGGAAUUUAUGUUGUGAUCUGUGCGCACAACCCACCUUUGUCAUGUGAGGUUUAAAUAUAUGCAACUUUAUGUGAUUGUCUUUAUUUGUCGAAAAGGGUGUUUGAAGAUUGUAAUACGUCUCACCGGUGGCGGAUUACAAGGCGAGGAGAGGAGCUUUUGUGUUUGGUGAAAACAGGUCUCGGCUGUGUCAAACCCACUCCACGCCUUCUCUCCUCCCUCCCUACGAUUUACGCCACUGGGAGGAGCUGAGUUAGGGAGGGGGGUUAUUUACGCCGGGCUGCUUCACUCACCAAAAUACCAAAUUGUGCUUGGGAAUGCCUUGUCAGCACAGCGGACCUGACUUACACCGUGCAUGCGCCACGUCGCCAGCGAGGCACGGAAAUAGAGCCCAUAGUUAGUCACAAACCUUUUUUUGAAGGCAGAGCCUUCUCAGUGAAAUAGUGGCAAGAGGGCAUGUAAAAUCAGAGUUCCAAGUAUUCAUUAGCAUAAGAAAUCCAGGAUCUUCUACAAGGGCGAAUGGCUGGUCACUCAUUGCCAUCAUUUGUGCUAUUUUAGCUGUCAACAACCGAGCCUUCUCACAGUCAUCGGGCAUUUUUUUCUCUCCGUUUCAAAGUGUCUUGCAGGGUAGGCUGACUUGUAUUUGACUUGGUUGCCUGGGUAAACUGUGUGUAUUGUGUCGGGUGUUUGUUUCUAAGGUGCCGUAUCAGGUUGGUUGUGUCGAAUGCAGCCUUGUCCUUGCCACUUCUUGAAAUCCCAAGUUUGCAUAUCUCACUGUUAGCAAUCGCACCAUUUUUGUCAUCCACUUUAAAAUACCUCCACACAGCAGACAUAUCCGUGCCCCCAGGUUCAAGCUGCUGCCGUGUUCUGCUCCGCUUUACCGCACGCAGCAAAGAGACGUCAUGUCGCAUGCACCACCAUAUAACAGUAAAUACUAAGCUGUUAUUUUUCCCAUUUGUUUUGAAAUAUUAUAGAUAUGAUAAGAAAAAUAAUGAGAAUAAAUAUACAUAUUGGAGUGAACCCGCAAUAGUGAAUGUGCAUGGCUGGGGUGUAUGUGAUUGGAUGUGAGAGCGAGGGGGUGGGGAGAGUGACUGAGAGAUGAGGGUUAUGUGUGUGUAUGUGUGGGGGUGAUGAAUGGAGGAGAUCUGUCUGUUGGUAGUUGCAUGGAUGUUCCCGGAAGUUCUGCAAUAAAGGCAGCGGCUCUGUUCAGAGCAUUUUGUCUUCAAUACAUCUUGCUUUACGCGUCAGACAAGACACUACAAUACAUAGAAAUAUAUCCGAUCCCUGAUUGGGAUGUAACUUCAGAUUCCGAUUGAGUCUGAAAGCAUGUGAUUGACCCCGAUUUCCGAUCACAUAAUUGGAUUGGGGCAUCCCUACAAAAAUCCCAAAAAUACAAUUAAAAAGGAAAAAAAGCAAAUCAAACUUAUUUGCUGGUACUGGAUCUUAAAGGUAGGAUAGGCAGUGAUGUUCAGAUACACUUUUUGUUAUAGUGGAUGAAAUGGCCCUUCCACCCUGAGAGUAGUCAAUUCAUUAUGUAUUCAGAAAGAGAAAGGAAAAGAAUCCAAGAUCUGGGGCAGCCGCAGGACUGUAAAAACUUUAACCAAUCAUAGCAUUUGGUCCGAAUGUAAAGAACCAAUCAGAUGCCUCCAAGUCUCGCCCAGCUCCCUCUGCCUCACCUCACCUGUUAUCUGGAGAAUAUGUGACCAUUUUACAAUGGCAGAGAAAAAGCAGCGUAAAAUACUAGUUCCAGCGCUGGCUGUGACGGCCCGGUCGGCUACACCGCCAAAGACGAGAAAGGUGGAGGCAGAAAGGGCUGCAAUGAGGAAGUUUCUGGAUAAAGCCAGAGGACAAACCAGAGUCAACAGCAGCCUCCCCUGCGGUGGAGACAAUAGAGCGAUUGUUUUGUUUCUGUUGGAAAGGUAAUUAUUUGUUUAGCUUUGGUGGAUUUUUUUUUUUUUUCUGAAAAAAUUUAAUGUUCGCCAGCUUAGCUGCUUUGGUAGCUCAUAUUAGCCCGAUGCUAAUAUUAGUUUUUCUCUGCUUUUUAGCGGUCGUGGCAGUCAGUGUUGCGCCGUAGAAUGCACCCCUGACAGGAGCAUAGUUGAAAGUACUUAACAAGGUGAAAUAAUCCAAGUUUUCCUUACCAUUGGACAGAUUCAAAAGCUUGUGCCUUUAACGAUUUCAUUCAGGCUAUUCAGAUAAGCCAAAAACAAUAGCCCUAUGAUUCAGAGUAUUUGCUGUCCCGAUAAUAUAAUGUUCUUUACCUUGACAGCUUACUGUACAUUUUAUAUACCCGAGUACACUUCUAUAUAUGCAUUUUUGAGUCAGAGUCAACAGAACGAAAGUUUGCUGCUCCAUUUGACAUGUUGUCAUGAUCCAAUAACUGUGUUUUUUUUUUUUUUUAAUAUGAGAUCAUUUUCUUCCACUUUAGUGCUGCAUUCGAGUUACCUUGGAAGUCAGAAGUCCAAGCUGAAAAUGACGUCACACCCAAGUUGCUAGCGUUUCAAUUACCAAGUCGGAAAAAAGCAAAAUUGGAGGCCUGAAACAAGAUGGCCACAUCUACGAAAUAUAUUUUAGCUGUUGCCUUCUCCGGAUAUAAGCCAAGCACCAAAAUAACUUUCGUAGUUGUAACCAUCCUGUCUCAGGUCUCCAAUGUUGCUUUUUUCUGACUUGGUAACUGAAACUCUAGUAACUUGGGUGUAAUGUCAUUUACAGCUCCGACAUCUGACUUUCGAGGUAACUUGAAUGCAGCAUAAGAAGCUAAUGAGUGGAUGGGAUGUAGGGGAUGCAUUCCACAGCACAACACCGGCGUUAGGGUCCUGCUGUAUUGAAGAGGUUGUUGGAUGUGACAUUUUGGUCAUAUCGCACACCUUCAGUCACCAGUGUCUGCAUGGUAGUCUGUUGGCAUCUACAAUAGCACCAAUGCUAUUUACUUUCCUGUUGCCUGUUCCCAUUUCUAAUUAUCUAAAGAAUUUAUCUGUAUUAUAUCUGAAUUAAAUUGGAAGCACCAUUGUUGUUUAAAAAAGGCCUGCGUAGUGGUGUUGUUGACUGAUUAAGCAGUUUGGAAAGUAUGCAGAUAAAAUAAAUAAGUACAACAGCUAUUUUAGGCAGCGUAUUUGUGGCAUGUGGUGUAUUUAGAGGACCCAGAAGCAGACACAGAGGCAGAUAGCAAAUUAAAGAUGUAAGUUUAAUGUCCAAACUCAAAGGGGAAAAGACACGAGGAAAGUCCGGUUUGCUGGCUGGCUGUUGUAUGGGCUGGAGACACUAAAAAAACAAAGGAGAUGGGAGUGAGACAACACACAAAAAUUCACAGGGAGCAAAAAGUCACAAGCACUUUUCCGAAAAGAAGGCCAGGAGACGCGGCUGUACCACUCAGGAGUGAAGACAAUACUCAAGUGCUGAGACUGAGGGCUACUGGCUUCUUAAAGGGCCUUGAUUGCCGAUGCAGUGCAGGUGUGGAGUCUCACUCAGCCUCAGCGACCUGGGAGGGGGAGGGUGCUCUGGAACAGAGUCAAACCAGACCAGAGGCCUGUACUACGAAGCUGGAUUUGGUCUUAGCGAGAUAACUUCUCGAUAACUUCUGGGUUUUCUGUACUACGAAGGUGGAUCUCUUUUUAUCCAGGUCCGUUGCCCCGGUAACUUACGCGGAACGGCAAACCUGCUCCGUAGCAGGUUAUGUUUCAGGAUAAGAUCUCAGCAGGUAUAAAAAACCGCCCACUGACCAAUCGGAUCUCUUGGAAAAUGGCUUGCCCAAUCUUGCCGGAUCCCGGGGACAUCGUUGCACGGAUAGUGAGAGGAGCGCUUCGCCGAGAGCGUUAUAUUCAUGAUCGUUCAAUCCCGUUUGAUUUACCUGAUGAUGUUCUCUAUGAAUGUUACAGGUUUUCCUCGGACGGCCUCAAUAUUCAGGUAGUAUGAAGUCUAAGCAAUGCACAAAUAUUUGCUAAGCUCCAGGUUCCAAUUUCAUGCGGCAUGUCAGUCGUCAUUCAGAAUUUAUUGAAGCAGAUUAGAAAACUCUUAACCCCAAAUGUGUCUGCAGAUGACAUGUGACCAUCAGAUGAUGAAGAAAAAAGAAAAAAAGGCAGUGUGAGGAAAUCACUGUUUACGUGUUGAAAUAUGUACAAAUAAAAUCUUCCAGUAAACUUACAAACUACUUUAAAGGAUGUUUUUAGAUUUAUUUUUAUUUGCUCCCACGUACUCUUUUCCCCACUGCUGUUGUGUCUGAAAUAAUGAGGUCUAUGAUGGAGGUGAUCACACACGCUGCAUGACAACAUAUUAGGGGGCCAUAAAUUUAUGAACGCACAAAUGUAAUUUACACAAUCGAUGAUUUUUUUUGUCAGCAGUCCCUCCGGCUUUUAGUGGCUGUGGCUGUCCUGCUCCUCGCUGUUAUAAUGUUGCGGUACUCCUCGUAAAAUAAUGCUCUGUUCUUCAGCUGUGAAAAAUGACGUGCAGCCUUCUCCAUUGUGGAGAUUGGUCCGGUGGCACUGACCCCACCCCCUUUACGUGUGCGCGCACAGAUCUGAAGUGGCCACACCUGGAUUCAGUUAUCGAGUUGGAUAACCAGCUUCGUAGUACAGCUGAUCGGGAUCGCGGAGAUCCGGUGAAGUUGAGCGAGUUGUCGCAGAGUUAUCCUGGAUGUGUUAAUCCAGCUUCGUAGUACAGGCCUCAGGAAAACAAAGAAAAACAGGAAGUCCAACUAAAAUAAAACAAGAGGAGAAGGCGUCUCACCACAGUAAUAUCUUUAUGCCACACUCUCCUGUUCUACAUUUCAGCUACUGCAAACUGUAUAACAGAAAGUCCAGAGCAAGGAGUUUGUACACCAUAAAGGCCCCACAAGAUGUACAUCAGACGAAGAGGACUUAUUGUUUGGAUAUUUUUUUUCCAAUAGAUUGAUGUUAUAUUCUAUCUUAUGUGUCAUUUUAAGGCACCGCUACUACUGCUGACUCUGUUGUGACAAAAAUUGGUCAAGUCUUUGCUGAUGUGGUUGGUAAUGAUAAUGAUAAUUUACUCGUCUGGUAAUAAAUUGCCGGGGAGUCGGAACAAGUAUGAGCGUCUGUUUGUGGGCUGGGCCUGCUGGAGCAGCGAGGGAGGGGAGAGGAGGAGCUGAGGAGAAAACUGGUGGGGAGGGUAAGUGUUUACAUUCAAAAUUUCUCCCAAAAACUGGCACUUCUGAGAUCCUGCCUCCCCCACCUUUAAUCUUUAUAGGCAGUGUUCCUACUUUAGAUCCAGUACCUGCAAAGAAGCUUUAUUAGUGCACAAUAAGUGCAUAACAAAGUAUUACACAGCUUUUAUAUUUCCUUAUGAAGCAUAGUUAAUGUAAACAAACAGCUCAUUGAUGUUUAUGACAGUAUAUAAACAAUAAGUUUCUAAUCAGAGCAUAAUGAGUGUCUUAGAAGACAUGAUAAAGGUAUUUAUUAUGUCUCUAUCAACAUUUAUACAAACUUAUUUGUGUUAAUAAGAAUCCAAUAAUGUCUUUUAAUGUCUUAUGAGUGACUUAUUACAUAUUAAUUACAACUUAUUACAACCACCUUAAUAUAAAGUGUUACCCAAUUUCCUUAGUGCUGUCUCAUGCUGCAGUUUCCUAUCACCUCUGACUGCCUUUGUUCUUAUCACACUGAAAAGGAGGAACAGUGAAAACACGCUAUCAGAUGAUAAGUUUUAACUCUCAUCACAGUCAUUGUCACAGUCCCCAAUGUUUUAUCUCAUAUCUGACUGUUCUGUCAGUGUUUCUACCACAACAACUUUUUUCCUCUGUGCAGGGUACAGAGAGGGGUUUCUAUGGAAACGAGGAAGAGACAACGGUCAGUUUCUGAGCCGAAAGUUCAUCCUCUAUGAAAGAGAAGGAGCACUGAAAUAUUUCAACAAACAGGAUGUAAGUAAGAGGACACAGCUCUUAACAGGUCUGAAAUGGUGUGUACCGCAGCAAAAUUCUACUUUGGUAAAAGCCAGUCAUUGCUUGAAAUGUAAGUCAUCCAUGUUGUUCCUCUACUAAGGCAAGGGAUCCCAAAGCAGUGAUGAAAAUAGAAACCCUUAAUGCUACUUUCCAACCAGCCAAGAUCGGCAACCCAUGUGGUCUGCAAAUCACCUACCUGAAGGACAACAGCACAAGAAACAUCUUUGUCUACCACAGUGAUGCAAAGGUAAAUGCAAAAGGUCCCAUAUAAUUAGAAACAUUUUUUUGCCUACACAGUAAACCUAUGCCAUCCUUCAGAAAUCCCGUGGAAGAAUCAUCACAAGAGUAACCCUCAUAGCCCUGUAUGAAAACUGCUCCCACUCCGGGAGUUUUCCACUUCUGCAUACUUAUUGUUUUACCUUGCAGAGUCAUGAUGUUUCAGGUAAGAUCUAAACAUGCCAAGUGCCCUGUUGUAUAUAUUCUGUCCCAGCAAUGCUUUUUAUUUUUGACAACAAUGGGCGAGCUAUAGUGCUAGCCAUUUUACCUCUGCCUGAAAACAGGAAUAACACUCAGUCACACUAAAAAUGAGUAAGCCCAAAUGUCUGUUUAUAAAGAUUAAAAUGAUUGAUGAGGUCCAUUUUUCUAAGUUUUUAAUUUCAUGGUUUAAAAAAUAAGAUGUUAAUUUUCUUCUCUUUAUCAUCACUAAAAUUUUCUUCUAGCAGAGACCCCAAGACUCAAAUCCCCAGUCCUCAAUUAUUGACAUUUCCUAAACGAAAGAGAUGAUCAAAUUCAGCUAUUGAAUCAUAGACAGAUAUAAGCCAAAAACUCUUAAGUGGCUACAGUUAAGUGUAUAAAAUCUGCAGCUGCAAUGUACUGUAUGUAAAACUUCUUCAUAGAAUACAUGGCUAAAUUUCCCAACAUCAGUCCAAAUAAGGGAUGCAUUAAAAUGAAAAUUAUUGGCCGAAACCAAAAACCGAAAAUUAGGGAACCGAGGCCGAAAAUCCGAAUCACAGUAUGAAAUUAUCAUGCCAAUAAUGAAUUCCAUUGCAUUUAUGGUCAUGAUUGCACACGAACCUCACUAAAAUAAAGACAUUGCAAUUGCAGAAAUAAAUAUUUAAUUAAUAUUAAUUAGUAUUAAAUAUUAGAUCAAUUUUAAUUCAUGCAAUUUCAAUGUGAGUUUUGAGAUUUUAUGAGUCACCGUGUGUCUGCAUGUUCUGUGUUGUUUACAACCUUUAGAUGGUGCCUGUGAGUCAGGGGCAAAUACAAUUUGAAAGUUCUACUGGGGUGUUUAUACCCAGCGUGAAUAAAAUCAUCUACUCUCUUUAUUUGUGCAUAUCUAGAUGUGUGAAUGAAAAGUAUUUACUUGCUUUAUUCACACAAAUGAUUCACAAGGAUCCAUUUGAGAAUCAACAGAGUGCUUAAAAGCCGUGGAUAGCGAUUUAUGCUAAUUUCAACUGUGAUCCUUGCCAAUUCAACCAGCGGUAGCAAGUGAUUUACAAGAUAAUCUGACCUCCUCACUCACUUUCCUCCUGGGGGGCACCUUUGUAUUCCUGUUUUUAUUAAAAAAAGCUAUGGAUACAAGGGAGUGGGAGAGCCUCCUUUAAGCAUGGUAGGAGUGUACCACAUUCAGCAGAUUGCUGCUUUGUUUUUAUUGUGGAAGGCCCACAACCUCCAGAGAUGUAGGCGCCGAUGUGUCUGGGUCUCCUCCAAUAGCUGCACCUGGAUGACGGCCGUUUCCAGUGAUAGUCACAGGUUACCCGAAACCCAAUUUGACGACCUGUCGGUGGGUUGGUGCCAGGAUAUCUCACCAGGAUGCCAAUUACAGGCCAACAAUCGUGCAAAUAACUCGCUCAAUCCGUGGUAUUUGUGCCGCCCAAUUCACAUCAUUCAUGCCACCAGAGUAGAAAAAGUGUCAAAUCACGUGUUUGCAUUGACUUUACAUAAAAUGUAUUUGUUUUAUCAUUGAUUUUACUUGCACUUGGUGUGAACACCCCUUAAGAUAAGAAGUGUUAUGAGCGGUUUAAAGACGUGGCCAGAGGAAGAAGUACCGUCAGUGUGUAUUUUCUUUCAAGCAGCCGAGAGCUGGAGCCAAGCAUUAGUUUGCGUUGCAAUGUUGAUGAUAAGGCAAUGAAUAAAAAAUGAGAAGAGGUGAAACUGCCACAGACAGAAUGGGUGUGCUUCGGGGAUUUUCCUUUUUUGUGCUGCAUUUUUCUCAUAUUCAGAAUGGUGACUGGGAUGUUUGGAUUUCAGGUGAUAAAUUAAACCAGACGUGAAGAAACUCUAUGCAGAUGCACCCCCUCCUGAAAUUUUAGCAUCACACGCUAUGCUAAUCACUAUCCAUGGUUCUCAGCUACAUUGAAACACAUCCACACCGCAGACAUAUUGGCCCUUAUCCAGACAAGUGUGUGCUGGCUGUGGUUUUUGCUUGCCUCAUCACAAAAUUCACAACAUCCUGUUUCGGCUGUGUUGUUUCGGUGAUAAAAGUCUUUUGGACGAAAACUGAAAAUGUAAUUUUGGGCUAUUUUAGGCCAAAAAAUUUCAGUGGUGAAAUAUUUGGUGCAUCCCUUGUCCAAAUACAUGGAAAGAAUCUGGUGCGACAAAGGAUGUGGGUGUCAUAUUUUCACAUCCUCACACCCUCUUAAACCAUGUGAGUUUUUAGCCAGACAAACUCUUUAUCCGUAACAGUAUGGGCUCUAUUUUUGUGCGUUGCCGGAGACGUGCCGCAGGUGCAGUGUAAGUCAGGUCCACCGCUCCAACAAGGCGUUCCCAAGCACAAUUUGGUAUCUUGGGGAGCGGCCCAGCCCGGCGUAAGUAUCCCCCCUUCCUAACUCAGCUCCUUGCAGCGGCGUAAGUCGUAGGGAGGGAGGAGAGAGGGCGUGGAGUGGGUUUAACACAGCUGAGACCUGUAUUGACCAAUAACAUCAGCUCCUCACCUUUAAAUCCGCCACCGACGAGGCGUAUCACUAUUUUUGUGAAGUAGUCAAAGAAAUCAAGAGAUGUCUGAAGACAGUAAUGCCACACGAUGGCGACAGAAGGCAGCCCCUCAACAAGUGUCACUGUAAGCACUGCAGAAGGCGUCCUUCACACUCUCUCAUAUGAGCACAGAUGGAUUUGGUGUGUGUAAGUUUGGACCCACUAGUAAGACAAACACUCUUUUCAACAAAUAAAGACAAUCUCAUAAAGUUGCAUAUAUUUAAACCUCACAUGACAAAGGUGGGUUGAGUGCACAGAUCACAACAUAAAUUCCAAAAAUGGCAUUAAAAUCGGAACCAUCUGUGCGUAAAUGACGCAUCGCACUCUGUGGCGUGGCUCUUUCUUUCAUAGAUGUUGGCAUAUAAAAUAAAUUUGGCUCACAAAACUGAAUAUUAUAAUAUUCGUGUGUAAGCUUAAAGUAAAUAACUCAUCUGAUCACCGAAACAAAUCAUCUGUUCAGCCGCCGCAGCAGCAGCUGCAGCAGGAUGGGGAGAAGACAUGGAGACAUGUCCAGGUCGAGCUGGGCGAGAAAUAAGUGGAGGGGAAGAAAGAAAAGGAGGGAGAAGAAUUACACAUCUUGUUAACUUCAUCAUGUGUGUCUAUUUACUAGAUAUUUAAUUUAAUGCGGUUUCAGCUGUGUUGAUUCGGUCAGGUUGUGUGUCCAAACGCGCUCAUCAGAUCAGAAUAUAUCUAUAUAUGGAUCUAAAUGUAUGUGCUGACUCAGAUUAUUAUUUGUUGUUGAUUAUUUAUUGCAAUUAAAUGUUCCUGACACCGUGGAAACCUGCCAGUUAGGCAUCGGUGACGUAUGCUGAUUCGCCGCAGUUCUACCAAAAUACCACUAGACCAGCAGCGCUCUGCCUGUGCUGAAAGCUGACCAGGUUUGAAUCGGCAAGCUUUCAGUGCACUUUAUACACCACCGGUGAGCACGAAAAUGUCACUGCGCAAGCUAACUGCGCAACACCUCCCUCUGCCACGCCACCACGCCCAGCUUGGUGGACCUCGGUGCGCCUCGGUUCAUGAAAAUACCAAACUGGCUGUACGCCGGGCUCCACCAGACGAAAAUACCACUGCAUGGGGUCCACCACCCUCCACAGCCUCACCGGCGGACAUGAAAAUAGAGCCCUUUAUGUGAAGCAUUUGCUUUCGUAGCUACACUUAAAUUAAAAAUGUUUUGAUGGAUACAUAUGUUUGCUGACAAUGACUAUCAGGAUGCUCUUGGCUUUGGGCUUUCUGCUAGGGGCAUUUGGAGAGGGCCUCAAUUUCUGCAGUGUAAACCAUUAUGGAUGUAAAUAACAUCAAACAACCCCUGAUAAACAAUGUAGCACAAAAUGUAGAUAUCCACUAUCUCUGUAGUCCCUAGCCUGCUAAUCUUGAAUGUAUUGUUGUAAAUUCUGUUGUAUAAACCCUAAACUCAGUGUAAAUGCACUGAUGUAUAACUUCUUUUCUGCACCCUAUGAAAAAAUCAAUUUUAAUCUCUAUACUUUUUGACUUAACUGCACACUCUUUCAUGUGAUUUUUUUCAUGAAAGUCCAAUGUGUGUGCAUUGCAUGCAGCCAGGAUUCCGGAUGCUCAAAUGUAACAGGGAACUAGGAGCUCUCGUAGGUAUGAGGGUGCCUGCCAUAAGGAGCUUUGUAGGUCAGAAGAAGAAUUUCACAGUCUACCCUUAGAUGAGGGAGUUAAAGAAUGUAUCCUGGUCAAAAAGACUUCCCAGAUUUGUCACUGUAUUACUUACAUGUAGUUUAGCCUGCUUAUUCCAAAAAUUCCACAAUAAGAAAUUGUGUCUCUAAAUCUAUGCUGGUCGCUCUUUCAAACUGCAACUCCCUCUUCUUUGUGGUGGUGCAACCUCUUUUUCCUUGUUGAUGUUGGCAUCUGGCCUAGUUCUUGAGCCUCAAAAAGCUUUGAUCAGUUUUUGGAGGUCAUAGGAGAGCCUAAAGUGUGUGGGAAUGUAUUUAAGCAGCACAGGGCCUGAGGCCAGUGCUCAGUGGACAACAGUUCCUUUUAGUUUUAGUCACAUCUGGUUCAAGUAGUUUGUCUAAUUUAAGGAGAUGACAAGUCAAAACAUUUAAGUUGUGUUGUUUUCCACUUACUCCCACCAAAGAGCUGGUAAAGGCGCAAACAACUGUACCCUAGACUGUAAAAAUGGCACCGAUCAGCAGUUCUGUGAUCACAAGUUUACUACUGUUUGCAGUAACAAGUACCCAAACACCUUUCCAAAUGCCGAGAUUUUAAAAGGCUUGUUAAUCACUACCUUUGGUCAAAUAACAGCCAACUAGACAACAUUAUGGCAGAAAGCAGUAUUUUUACUGUUGUUUACACUCUGUGUAUCAGGAGCUACAUGAAAGUAUGCCAAAGGGAAAGCUCAGUUCAUCACAUAUUGACUUUUGAUUCCACUGUCACACUCUGCUGUGUAUCUCAGGCUGACUCCCACUCACCUGCCACACCUCACCCCUGCCACACCUCCUCAUCAGCACUGAUUCCCCACACCUGUGAGUGACAAGCUGCAGCUCCUCACUGCUGAUUAGCCAGCCAGCAUUUAAGUCACUCUGUGUCCCUCAGUCAGUGCCAGAUUGUCUUCGUAGCAUGCACGACUCUCCAGCAUUAUUUCUUGGAUUGACUUCUCGGUUUCGACUCCUGCCUGUCUCUGACCACGUCUUAUCGUCUCAGCCCUUGGAUCCCCUGUCAAGUUUCUUCGCUCCGGUGAGAACUUCAGGUUUUGCUGUGUUGCUGGCUUCCCGACCUACUGCCUGUCCACGACUAUCCUUUCGUCCGAUCCCUCUGGAGUUAGUCUGGCCCGCUGAUUGUCUGCCUGGAUUCGACCUUGCCUCUGCUUCGACCACAAGCUCAGCCUGCCCCUCGACAGUGCUGCUGCACUUCACAAAGACUCUCAGGUGUAGUGUGUUUUCUGUGUGCACUCACCUUUCUGCCUGUUGGACCUGUUACCUGUGGAUCUGUCUCCUGUUGGUCUUGAAGAUUCUACAGAGACUGCUUAAUCAAUCCCAGUAUCUUCAGUUACCUGUUUUUGCUGUGAACUGUUACAAUAAAAGUAGUUUCUAAACAACUACCUGCCGUUGUGCUGCACUUGGGUCCUACAUCCACACCCCCUGACAGUACAAUCUGGCCAGAAAUGGACCCAGCAGGCAACCCAUCACCCUUGGACCGUCUGACCAAAAUUGAGAGCGUGUUGCAGCAGCAUGAGACCAUGUUGUCUGCUGCAACCUCAGAGGCCAGACAGGCAGCCCAGGCUUAUGAGCAGACCCUCUCUGCAUUAGCUAUAAAAUUACAACAAUUAACAGACUUUAUCACCUCAUCGGCUGCUACCCAGUCCUCACCAGCUACCCCAGCUUUAACCCCAGCUCCAGCUCCAGCUGCACCUCUGUCCUGUGAUGCUCCUUAGCCCCGUGUGGGAGUUCCGGAACGUUAUGAUGGCAGUCCAGAGACUUGUGGCCCCUUCCUGACGAACUGUUCAUUGUUGUUUUCCCUUCAGCCCUGUACCUUUGCCUCAGAGCAGGCAAAGGUCACUUUUACAAUUAACCACCUCACAGGCAGAGCUCGUCUGUGGGGAACUGCUGAAUGGGAGAGACAAUCAGAAGCCUGCUCUUCGUUCCAGUGUUUUGCUCAGGAGCUACGCAAAGUUUCGGCCUGGGGUUUUCCAGAUCAGAGACUGCUCGAGGACUCAUGGGGCUGCAACAGGGGAAACGCACGGUGGCAGACUAUUCAAUUGACUUCCGCACCAGAGCCAGCCUCAGCAGCUGGAAUCCUGCCGCUCUGGUGGACGCCUUUCUCCAUGGCUUGGCUGAAUACAUCAAGGAUGAACUGGUCUCCCAUGAUUUGCCCUCAACACUGGAUGGAGUAAUAGAGCUAGCCAUCCGAAUCGAUCACUGUGUUCAGGCUCGCCGACGGGAGAAACACCAGGCGUCCUCUCAUCAUCCCCGGAGGAACGAGAGCGACGCAGGCGCUCAAACCUCUGCAUGUACUGUGGUCAGGCCAGUCACUUCAAGUUCACCUGUCCAGUAAAAGCCAAGGCUCACCAGUAGUUGGGGAGAUACUGGUGAGUCCUACUUUCGUGCCCUCCCCUCAACCACAGAGACCUCAGCUCAAAGCCCGGUUGCUCCUUCCUGGUGGCUCCCAGUCCCUGCUCACACUCAUAGACUCAGGUGCUGAUGCCUGUAUUAUCGACGAGGGGUUGGUUCAGCAGUUGGGGCUAAAACAGGUUCCUUUACCUCGUCCAAUUCCUGCCCGGGCUCUUGACGGACACAUUCUGGGAACUGUCACGCACCAGACUGUUCAGAUUUCUGUGUUGCUUUCUGGCAACCAUCAUGAGGAGAUUCAGUUCCACAUCCUGAAGACUCCUCAUCAGCCUCUCAUCCUGGGUUACCCCUGGCUUCGUCAGCAUAACCCCAACAUUGACUGGGAGAAGGGAGCUGUACGUGAAUGGGGUCCAUCCUGUCAUCUUCGUUGCUUGAAGCAAGCCUCCUCUCCAAUCCACUCACAUUCCUCCAGUUCACCGCCUGAUAUCUCUGGGGUACCCUCUGAAUACCAUGACCUCAGCCUAGUCUUCAGCAAGGCCAAAGCCACAUCACUGCCCCCUCAUCGACCUUAUGAUUGCGCCAUUGACCUCCUGCCUGGCACAUCUCCACCCAAGGGUCGCCUUUACUCCCUGUCUGCACCUGAAAAAGAAGCCAUGGAAGUUUAUAUUAAAGACUCUCUAGCAGCAGGCAUCAUCCGUCCCUCUUCCUCUCCUGCUGGGGCGGGCUUCUUCUUUGUGGAGAAGAAGGAUACUACUUUGAGGCCUUGCAUCGACUACCGAGGACUGAAUGACAUCACCAUAAAGAACCGCUACCUCCUGCCUCUCAUCUCUUCUGCCUUUGAAUUGCUUCAGGGGGCCACAGUCUUCACCAAGCUAGACCUUCGCAACGCCUACCACCUGGUCCGCAUCAGAGACGGAGACGAAUGGAAGACUGCCUUCAACACUCCAUCGGGGCACUACGAGUACCUGGUUAUGCCCUUCGGCCUCACCAAUGCCCCUGCUGUCUUCCAAGCCCUAAUCAACGACGUUCUUCGAGACAUGCUCAACCGCUGCGUCUUUGUCUACCUCGAUGACAUCCUGAUCUUCUCCAAGACCCUGAGUGAGCAUGUCUACCACGUCCGGGCGGUGCUCCAACGUCUCCUCGAGAACUCACUGUUUGUCAAAGCAGAGAAGUGUGAAUUCCAUGCCCCAUCUGUCUCCUUCCUGGGUUACAUCGUGGCCAAGAAUAGUAUCCAGAUGGACCCAGCAAAGGUGUCAGCUGUCACUUCCUGGCCUGUUCAUGACUCCCGCAAACAGUUGCAGCGUUUCCUUGGUUUUGCCAACUUCUACCGCCGUUUUCAUCCGCAAUUGCAGUUCAGUUGCUGCUCCCCUCACUGCCCUAACCAGCUCCAAAGUGCCAUACCAAUGGAAUCCUGCUGCCAAUGAGGCUUUCAAGAAUCUAAAUCCAUUCUUCAAGUACCAGAUCCCAAUCAGCAAUUUGUGGUGGAGGUGGAUGCCUCGGAUGUGGGGGUCGGAGCUGUCCUCUCACCUGCCACACCUCACCCCUGCCACACCUCCUCAUCAGCACUGAUUCCCCACACCUGUGAGUGACAAGCUGCAGCUCCUCACUGCUGAUUAGCCAGCCAGCAUUUAAGUCACUCUGUGUCCCUCAGUCAGUGCCAGAUGGUCUUCGCAGCAUGCACGACUCUCCAGCAUUAUUUCUUGGAUUGACUUCUCGGUUUCGACUCCUGCCUGUCUCUGACCACGUCUUAUCGUCUCAGCCCUUGGAUCCCCUGUCAAGUUUCUUCGCUCCGGUGAGAACUUCAGGUUUUGCUGUGUUGCUGGCUUCCCGACCUACUGCCUGUCCACGACUAUCCUUUCGUCUGAUCCCUCUGGAGUUAGUCUGCCCCGCUAAUUGUCUGCCUGGAUUCGACCUUGCCUCCGCUUCGACCACGAGCUCAGCCUGCCCCUCGACAGUGCUGCUACACUUCACAAAGACUCUCAGGUGUAGUGUGUUUUCUGUGUGCACUCACCUUUCUGCCUGUUGGACCUGUUACCUGUGGAUCUGUCUCCUGUUGGUCUUGAAGAUUCUACAGAGACUGCUUAAUCAAUCCCAGUAUCUUCAGUUACCUGUUUUUGCUGUGAACUGUUACAAUAAAAGUAGUUUCUAAACAACUACCUGCCGUUGUGCUGCACUUGGGUCCUACAUCCACACCCCCUGACAUCCACAGAAUUUUAAAUUACUUGGAGGGGUUGAAUUCAAGUGAAAGUUUAGUCAACGUCACCUGUGUCAAGUCAACAUCAUGUCCAUAGAGGUCCCUGUAAUUAAAAAAAAUCGCAAAAACCCUAGGCUAUUGACAGUGUAACCAUUAACAGUGUAACUGACUGUAGGAACCUAGACCAAAUUAAUAAACCAGGACCAAGUGUGAACCUGGACUGAGAGACACACCAUUCUUGACUACAUCCUCUGCUGGUUGAGUUGUGUUACUACCAGUGUUGUGCUAGUUUUUCGUCGUAGAAAGGAUUUUUGACCUGGACACAGUUUACAUGUUACAGAAAUGUUGUUUUCCUUUUUGCUCUCGAGUAAUGAAAAUAAUGUGAGUAUCUCCAUGAGGAUAAACUUAUCUUCCCCUUCUCACUUGCCAUCAUGCCGUGACCUGACCUGUCCAGUCCUCCUCAUGGUGCAUGUUUGAUUACGUGUGUGACGCCAGAGGUUGACAAGUGCUUUGUUUUUCCAAUUUAAUUAAACUUCAUUAACUGUUAAAAUGUUACGGGAACUGUGUGCUGUUGUAAAACCUUACCAAAGGGAACAGAGUAAUGCAGUGUUUGGUAAAAGAAAGGGAGUUACUGAAUUUAAAUAAACUACGCAUUACAUUAUAAGUUACUGAAUAAAUUAACCGCAUUACGUGACAGCGUUACUAAUAACGUGUUACUACCCAACACUGGUUACUACAGACAGAGAGCUCAUCAGGUUCAUUUUGUUUUCCCAGCCCUCAUGUUCUGUGUUAGAGUUAUCCACAGCAUUGUGGUAGCCACACAGUAAUUAUGCCUUUCGCUACCUUUAGAUAUUUUAGAGAAAAGAAAAUUUAUUGCAUCUCAACAGGACCUAUUUCUACUGACAGUUUUUUGUUUUUAAAGUGUUGUGUUGUGUUUUUCAGGAAAUGGUUGACUGGUUUAAUGCUAUCAGAGCAGCCAGGUUCCACUACUUACAGGUGGCAUUCCCUGGAGCGAGUGAUGAGGAGGUAAGAGCUUUUGAUCUUACAUUACAGAAAUAUUUAUAG